CUCCAACCUGAAGUUGCCUGUGGAGCAACUUCAUUCGGGGCUCCGGGCGCUGCUGCAGCUGCAAGGCAGACGAUGGCACCUUGGCUGAAGUUCUGCUCCUUCUUCUUCUCCCUCACUGCCUGCUUCGACGGCCCGAGGCUGGCCGUGUCCGCGGGAGGGACCAGCGGCAGCGGGGGCAGGAAGGGGCCAGCGGGAGAUGCUUGUGGCUGGAAGGUAAGAGAGAGAAAGAAAGAACAAACGAAAGGAAGGAAGAAAGACUCUUUUGUGUUUGGCUUCUUUUUUACGCGUCGGCGGUGAGGUGACUUGAGCAGGCUUUUCCCCCGGGGCUCCCUUUGCUUCCUCUCCCUUCUUGCACGAGUUAGCAGAACUUGGGGGGAGAGGUGCCCAGAGGUCUGUCAGGAAGCGGGUGCCUGGCGGGGUGGGCUAGGGAUGAAGCCCUGGAGCUCCGCGUGCCGACGAGCUUGCAGGUGGCGCGUCUGGGCUGUUGCACGGGCAGCAGCGUGCAGUGCAACCUCGCAGCAAAGGGCAGCGGGAGACAUUUCUGCAACGGGGGCAGCAGCUCCAACCCUCUCUCUUUCUCUGCCACUGAGUACUUACUUUCUCUCCUCUCUCUCUCUCUCUCUCUCUCUCUCUCUCUCUCACACACACACACACACAAUAUCACAUCUCUCUCUCGCCCCCUCUUCUUAUGCGGCCGUUGCUUUGAAGCGCUGGCAUUUCUGCAACUUUCGGGGAUGGCUCGGUGGCGGCGGAGGUUGGCUGGAUUUUCUCACCAAAGGAACUCGGGGAAGGAGGAGGAGGAGGAGGGAGGGCGGCCGAGGGGAGAAGCCAACAAGUGGGAAGUCACUCAACAGGUCUUUUAUCCCCUCCGCCUUCCUCCCCCCUCCUUAACUAGACCUGCCCUGGGAGAGAAGGGAUAAAAGGCGAUCGCUUGGGCUUUGUUAUUUUAAUGAUCGGGGGCUGGUUUGGCUACAGGCCUAGUCAUUAGACCGAAGGGGAAGCGGGGGAAUGGGUGUGCUUGUAAGGUGAUAAAAGAGUGUUUUAGGGCUUUACCUUUUGUCUCUGUUAGCAGCUUUUGCUAAGUUGCGAAGUUUUCUCUACCACCCCCACCCCCUUGGGUUUCCCGAGUGUGAUUUGUUGUUUUAUUUAUGGAAAGAAAAAAAGGACUUCUGCAACGCUUUUUGGGGAUUUCUCUCCCCCCCCCCAUUCCAUUUUCAGCCUUAUUAAAGAUUCCAGAUGAACGCUUGUCGAAGGGCAUGAGUGACUUUCAUUGCCUCCCCCUUUUUGUUAGACUGUCACAGAGAUUUCCUUGGAUUCAGAUCAUAACAUUGAGUGAGGGGAAAAGUUAACAGCAACCACAACAAAAAACCAAAAACUGGUAGAAUUUGUAGCGAGUAGUUGUAUGUGUGCUUACAGGAAAGGGCAAGUGUCCACAAAAAAUACUUUAAAGGGGGGGGGGAAGGAGUACAAAAGAAGCCAAACGUUUGCAAAGAACUUAACUCUCCAAUGGGUAUAUUAUUUGCAUCUUGGAUUUUGUUAACUGAUAGGUCCUGUAGGAAAAUGCAUUCAGCUGCUGCUUCGGUUUAGUGUUUCACAUAACAAAAGUGAUAUUUGAUUUGCAUAUUUUAAAGCUGCACAUACAUCUGGUUCUGUAGGUCAACAGCACUAGCUUUUUAAAGGCCAUAAUGCUUGACUGAUUUUGGUUUGUUUGUAAUGGAUAUUCAGUGAUCUGACAGGAAGUGAAUUUUCUGAUAAAACUGAGGCAAGAAAAAAACAUUAUUCAUUUAAACCUUUUUUUUUUAAUGCACCCUUUUGUAGAUUUAUGAUACGGUGUGGGGGGAAACCUGACACGUUUUGUACUGUUAGAACAAACUUAAGGUUGUAAUUUGCUUUUAAGCACUGGGAUCUUUAAUCUGUAUGCCAAUCACUUAUUGGAAUACAUUUGUCUCAGAUAAUGUAAAAUGUAUACAGACCAGGAGCCUGCAGUUUUUAUUCUGGGGGAAAAGUUUUAGGGACUACACACAGAGAGCUUUUCCCAAGCAUUAACUGCAGGAUAAGACCCAUUGUCCUGUUUGUGUAUCUUGGGCUGUAUGUAAGUUUUGAAUAGACUUGACAUACUAUUAAAUGACUGAUGGCCCCUGUAACACAUUGUCUGCUCUGGGGCAAGGCUGCCUUUGAAGUGCUACCCUGUAGGAAGUAAAAAGACUAUUUGCUCUAUUAAAAUUCCUUGGUAUUUCCUCUGUUUAACCACAGGCCACUUCCCCUCUGCCACUCUAAACACUGCAGGGACACUGACUGAUUGAAAAGGCACAAGCCCUGAAGUAAUUGCAUCCCAUUCAGACAGAUAUUCUUAGUGUAGCUUAUUUAUAAUGAGUUAUCGUAGAAAUGAAAGAUGGGUACAAUUUUUUUUCUGCCUUCUUAAGAAGGGAAAACAAAAAUAGGCUCAUUGACUUGCACAAAUGUUCUCAGGCUGAGGAUUGUGAUAUUUCUUUAGUCGAUUAUCUGUUGGUAGCUUGUAAUUCAACCUUAAGUUUGUUUAUUCAGAAGUUAAGUUCCACAGAGUGCCCUGGGAAACGUCAAAGAUGGUAAAAUUUAAUAAGAGUAUAAAUAUUUGUAGGCUAAUUAUGGAAUAGCAAGUAGCAUUCAGAGUGUGAGAGCAUCAUUACUUUGAUAUCAUAAUAAGCAUGUUUUUCAAAUUUCCAGUUAUAAAAUUUAAUGUUGUGCAUAACUUAAAAUAAUACCUUACAAGGGGGGAAUAUCUUAUGGGGGGGCAGACGGCAACAUUUUUUGCUGUGGUGGUGAAUAACUGAGGUCACUGGGAUUUAGAAAGUGUGUCUAUGCAUAUUUAAGAAAUAACAAGCCCCCUCCUUGAAUUUGGUGAGACUUACUUCUAAGUAAGCAUGAAAAAGAUUAUGCUGUAUGUUGUAUUAUAGCUAUUGGCUAAUUAAAGCUGUGGGGGGAAAUUAUGACGACCUUUUAAUAAAGAUUAGCUGCUGUUUCCAGCAGCUUAGUCUAAAAGAUGAUAGGGUAGAACUGAGCCAUGAUGUGAACUUGCCCAUUUUUGUUCUUAAAAUACGAUUUCUUAUUCUUAACCAACCAGUAUCUAUCUAUCUUAUUAUGUUUUAUAGCUAUUUAGUGGUUGUUUUUUUUUAAUUUUGUAAGCUGCCUUGAUUUUUUUUUAUAGAAGUGCAGAUCAUAAACAUUCAAAUAAAUAAAUAAAUCAUAAAAGGAGUGCUUGCCAAUGACUGGGACAUUUUACUAUGAUACAAUAAAUAUGACCGAAGAGUAAAACAUCACUGGUGAUUGACUAAAAUAAUUCUUCUGGAUUUGAAAGCUAAAAAUAAUGUACUUUUUGGGUUGAUUUAUGUCGAGUACAAAGGGUAAUAGGCAUGAGGACCUUUAAACUAAUACUGUACUAGUGAGUUGUAUCCAGUGCUGUGUUAGUAGAGUUCUGCUCACGCAGUGGGCUUCCCCUUCCUCUCCUCUCCACAUGAACCUCAAAAACUGCUCCAGAGGGGCCCUCCAUUCUCUGGCGCAGAUUUUGAGCAUGUGCAAGGGAGCUGCAGAAAACAGAAGGGAGAAUGUCCAAGGGUAAGUCUGUUGCACAAUGGAAUGGCAGCAUUGGAUACAACCAAUUGUGUUGUGGUGGAAGAAUAAAAUAAGUGUUGUGUAUUAUUUUAUCAGUUGUAUCACUUUUUAGUGUAUCCUCUCUCUGGGAAAAAACUCCAUUUUUUAAGUUUCUAGAUAAAAAUGUCUUUUGUGAAAUUAUGAGAGCACCUAAUAAUUAUAAUAUUCACUAAUGCUAUUAACUAAUUAAUAAUAAUGAUAAUAAUAAAUUUUAUUUAUACCCCGCCCUCACCAGCCAAAACUGGGCUCAGGGCGGCUAACAACCAAUAAUAAAAGCAAGUUGAUUAAAAUACAACUUAAAAACAACAUUAAAACAUUAAGAUGCAGCCUCUUCACAGGAGGAGAAAGGAAAAAAGAAAGAGGGGGAGGGAAUCAAAUUGAUUCUAAGCCAAAGGCCAGGCGGAACAACUCUGUCUUACAGGCCCUGCAGAAAGAAAUCAGAUCCCACAGGGCCCUUGUCUCAUGAGACAGAGCGUUCCACCAGGCUGGAGCCAGUGUUGAAAAGGCCCUGGCUCUGGUUGAGGCUAAUUUAACUACCUUAGGGCCCGGGACCUCUGGGGUGUUGCUAUUCAUGGACCUUAAGGUCCUCCGUGGGGCAUACCAGGAGAGGUGGUCCCGUAGGUACGAGGGUCCCAGGCCGUGAAGGGCUUUAAAGGUCAAACCCAGCACCUUAAAUCUGUCCCUGUAUUCCACCGGGAGCCAGUGCAGCUGGAAAAGCACUGGGUGAAUAUGCUCCCAUGGCAGAGACCCCAUGAGGAGCCUCGCUGCAGCAUUCUGCACUCGCUGGAGUUUCUGGGACAGCUACAAGGGCAGCCCCGCGUAGAGCGAAUUACAGUAGUCAAACCUGGAGGUGACCUUCACAUAGAUCACUGUGGCCAGGUCGGGGCGGGAAAGGUAAGGGACCAACUGCUUGAUGCGGCAAAGGUGGAAAAAUGUCGCCUUGGCUGUUGCUGUAACCUGCGCCUCCAUGGAAAGGGAGGCGUCAAGGAUUACACCCAAACUCUUAACGGAAGGCAAUGCCACUAAUUGGGCCCCUGCACUAGUUGGUCCCUCAUCCCCAUACCAUCCCGACCCAGCCAGAGGACCUCUGUCUUCAAAGGAUUUAGUUUCAAUCGGGUCCCAUGAAACCAACCAGCCACAGCUUCCAAAUAUCUGGUCAGUGUGUCCGGGGCCAAGUUGGUAUGGCCAUCCAUCAGCAGAAAGAGCUGAGUGUCAUCAGCAUAUUGGUGACAACCCAGCCCAAAGCUCUGGACAAUCUGGGCAAGGGGGCACAUAAAGAUGUUAAAAAGUAUCAGGGAGAGGAUUGUGCCCUGCGGCACUCCACACACCAAGGAGUGGCGCAACAACAUCUCCCUCCCUAGCGCCACCCUCUGUCCCCAACCAGAGAUAAAAGAGCACAGCCAUUUACGGGCUAUGCCCUGUAUCCCCACGUCGGCUAGGCGGUGGUCCAGAAAAUCAUGAUCGACCAUGUCGAAGGCUGCUGACAAAUCUAAGAGAAUCAGCAGUCCCGACCCACCUCGAUCCAGUUGUCUACGGAGAUAAUCUGUUAGGGCAACCAGAGCCGUCUCGGUCCCAAAACCAGGACGGAACCCAGACUGAAAUGGAUCAAGCCAUCUAAUUAGGGGUUUAAGUCAUGCAAACAGAUUUCUACUAUCACAUGGUUUAAUGUUUACUGCAGCUGGGGAUAUAGCGCCCAUGGAUGCACAUAUAUUUCUUCUUUACUGUAAGCAAAUUGUAGAACACUGCAUCAGGAACACCAGCUGCGGCAGCGCCAACCAUCUGCUGGGAAGGAAGGAUAAGUUCAAUAACUUGGUAUCCCACAAAAAGUGGUCCUAGUUAAUAACGGUACUGUUUUGUUGUUGCUAAUGUCUUGUGCUUCGUUCAUGAUUUGGGGGCAGACAAAUUAAACUUCAAAAUGUAAUAGUAACACCACUUCCAAUGAAGGAGAGUCUAUAACCUCCCAAGGGAGUCUGUUCCGCUGUUAAACAGCUCUCACUGCCAGAAAGUUCCUACUGAUAUUUAGUCGGAAUUUCCUUUCUUGUACGUUGAAUCAAUUGGUUCGGAUCCUAGCCUCCACAGCAGGAGAAACCAAGCUUGCUCCACCUUCCAUGUGACAACCCUUUUGAUAUUUGAAGAUGACUAUUAUAUCGCCUCUCAGUCUCCUCUUUACCAGGGUAAGCAUACAAAAUUCCCUCAAUAAGGUGCCAUCCAAUAAUCUUAGAGAUUCUACUCCAGAUUUGUGUAGGGUUUACUUCUUAGCUUUUUCUUCUCCUGAAGAUAUUCUGCAAGCCAGUGGAGGUUUAGGAUCAGAGUUUUCCUUCUCCUAGAUGGCUCACCUUCCCAGGUUGAUGAACCCCAUCUGCCCCUCUAUGGCAGGUGCAGAAAUUGCCUUCUUGAUUGUUGGAUCCGCUAUUGGUCUCAUCCAUGAAGUGUUAGUAAUCACAGCAUCUUUUUCUAAGUGUUUUCUUAUGUGUUCUAAGACCUUUCGUUGUAUCAAUGUCAAGGUGACCAGUUGGUAGUCACCUGGGUAUUAUUAUUAUUAUUAUUAUUAUUAUUAUUAUUAUUACCCCGCCCAUCCAGCUGGGUUUCCCCAGCCACUCUGGGCGGCUUCCAACAAAAUAUUAAAAUACAGUAGUCUGUUAAACAUUAAAAGCUUCCCUAAACACGGUUGUCUUCAGAUGCCUUUGAAGAUGGGGACAACAUUUGCCUGCCUCCAGUCCACAGGGACCUCACCUGUUUUCCAGGAAUUCUCAAAGAUUAUAGAAAGAGGCUCUGAGAUUACAUCUGCAAAAUCCUUUAGUACUCUUGGAUGCAGCUCAUCAAGUCCUGGAGAUCUGAAUUCAUUUAAAGUAGCCAGGUGUUCCCUUACUACCUCUUUUUCUGUCUUUGGUAUCCCUCCUGGCAUUGUUUAUUCUGUUAGCUUCCAGUUGGACACUGCUUUUCUUUUCCAUGAAGACAGAGGCAAAGUAGUUGUUGAGCUCUCUUGUUCUUCCUCUUGCUUUUGCUCCUGGUUUUUUUUUUAAAAUGAUGCUAUUUUCUAAUGGGUAAUUAAUAACAUUUAUUUUGGUUUUGUUGUUUGUAUGUUCCUGUUCCUGUAAGCAAUUUUGAAUUUCUUCAGGGGUAAAAGGGAUAUAAGUUUUUCAAUAAAAUAAAUUAAGAAUUUGCAAGCCCAGAUACGUCUUCUAGUUUUUUGUGUGCAACGAUCUUUUAACAUGCAAACUUCAUUGUGAAUAUUGUAAUUAUGACUUCUGAUGGGAGUGGAGCUAUAGAGUGAUAGAAAAGGCACACCCAAAUAUAUACCUCCAGUAGGCUUCAUUAAACAUGGUCCUGUUUCAAUGAUCAAAGGUAAAAUUGGUUGUGUUUACCUGAUAUUAGGAUCCUAGUCUUGCCACUCCUUAAACUAACCAUAAGAUCAUUUUACUUCCACAGUUAUGUUUAGUGACUACCUGGCAUGAAUGCACUAUUGUGGAUUCAAUGUGGUUCAGCUGAUUUUUUCCUUGAUCUACUAAAUGCCCACUCUCAUGUCUUUAAGUUAACACCUUACAUUAGAAACCUGACAGCACCAAAUUAUCGAAGGUUAUUCACCAAAGCCAGACUAAAUGCUUUUCCUUCUGCAGUGUUGGAUGGCAGGUUGAGAGGAGUUCCCUACCAGGACAGACUUUACUCGUCUGUAAAGCACUUAAAAGAUCCUAUUAUUUAAAAAUAAGACAAUGAGCUUGACAUGUCUUGUCAUUACUAUUGUUGUCCUUUUCCCUUGAGGGAGCCAGUGUGGUAAAGUGUUGGACUAGGACCUCGGAGACCACAGUUCAAAUCCCCACUCAGCCAUGAAGCUCACUGGGUGACCUUGGGCUAGUCAUAAGAACUUAAGAAUAGCCUGUGGGAGGCAAAUAGCCAAUAGCCACCCAGUCCUGCACCUGGUUCUCACAGUGGCCAAUCAAAUGCCUGUGAGAAACCAGCAAGCAGAGCAUGAACACAAGAGCACUGUCCCCUCCCAUGGGUUCCAGCAAGUCCCUGAUUCUCAGCCUAGCCUACCUCACAAGGUGGUUGGGGGAUUAAAUUAGGUGUGGGAGAUACAGGUAUGCCACCUUGAGCUCCUUAGCUUAAGAGAAAAAAGGGGGAUCUAAAUGCAAUAAAUAAAAUCUUGUCCCUUCUAGAUUUGGGGUGGAUUCCCCACCCCCACCCCUACAGUUUAGUAAACCGCUGACUAGGAUGUUGCAAGCUUUUUGCCUAGUGUGGUGUGAAGGAUAAGUGACUGCUUCACAUCUGGCGUCAGCCAUGAACUUACAAAGUGUAAGUUUGUAAUGAGCCUGCCUCUAUCAUUCUCAGUCCUAGUAUCAGUAAUAUGGGAAAUAAUACUGACUUCCUUUAUAGGGUUGUUGUAAGGAUUACAAACAGAUAAAUGUACUUUCAGGUACAUGGAAACGAUAUGCCAAUGUUAAGUAUUGUCAUUACUACUGCCACAACUGUUAUUUACUUCCUGUCCAGGCUAAGGACAGGAAGCUGAAUUGUGGGAUAGUAGACAAAGCAGUGGUAGAAUAGUAUUAGGCUGUUUUCCAGGCUACCACAAACUCUAGCAUCAGUUGUUGCAAUUGAUAUUUAUUGAAUUUUCAAAAAAUAACAACAAAAAUUUCCAAAAAAAUAAUAAAAAAAUUUAGGAUACAAAAAACAAAAAUAGUGCAUAAACAAAAAAGAAAAGAAAACCCAGCCGCAAAGAAAGAGAAGAAAAAAAAAAAAAGAGAAACAGAAAAACAAAAAUAUAAAGUCCUUUACAAUCUCUAUUGACUUCCUUUCUAGACUUCCUCCUCCUCCCCUCUUUAAUCCUUUCUGUUUUUUCAUAACAAUCUGUCAUUACGUUUCCUUAUUCUAUUUUCCCUCUUGUCAUAUAAAAACUUUAAAACUCAUAGCUUAUAUUCAAUAUUUACCAAAUUCUUGCAUCAUUACCUUUUACGAAUCAUUUACCAAUCCUUACUUAAGCCAUGUAAUUUCAUUCAACAUCCUUCAAACAUUUGUAAGCAUUCCCAAUAUUAAAAAAUGAAAAAGAAAAAUUAAUAAGUCAAAUUCAGUCCAGUCAGCUUCCAACCUCCCCUCCCCUGGACCCGGGAUUGUCAGUCCUUUUAACCUCCCUUAACCUGGUUGUCUCGUAUCCGAGGCCCUCAAGUCUCUUUCUUGCCCCUUUCGCCACUCUUUUUUUUUUUUUAUUAAAUAUUUUAUUAAGGAUUUUCUUGUUUUACAGAAGUAAGUGUACUGCCUCGUAUAUAUUUUUUUUCAUGUAACAUUUUUACAAAUCCAUUUCAUUUGUUGAGGCAUUAGGGGGGAGAAGAAAAAAAAAGGAAAAAAGAAAGGGGGGUGGAGAGAGGGAAGAUGGAUGGGGGUGGGGUCGGGUGGCGGUGUUUCUAUUAUGUUUAAUGUAUGUAGAGUUUGGUGUCAGCGUUGCUUGUGUUGUUCACUUGUGUUCCUUUCGUGGUGAGAGAGGUUGGGGUUGGCCUAGGGUGUGAUUGUCUGCUUGUGAUUGGCUGUGGUGAUCUUUGUUUUCGUGUGUGAGUGAGGUGGGUGGGUGUUUUGGAUCAGGUUAGCCAUAUUGAUUUGUAUGCUGUUGGUGGAUUAUUGUCAUUGUCCUGUUGGGCUGUGUAUGUGAUAAAUGGAGCCAUACCAGGGUGAAGACGUCUUCUUCUGUUUGUCCCCGUGUCAGUUUCAGUUUAUUAGUUAAUUUUUCUAGUAGGGCUGUUUCCCAUACUAUUUGGUACCAUUGGUCCAUGUUUACUCCUGACAGGUCUCUCCAGUGUCUGGUUAUGGUGUUUCUGGCUGCUGAAAGUAGGUGGGUUAUGAGUUCUUUGUGGUGUAAAUGGGCAUUGUUGUCUUGGAAGAUGUUUAGUAGGGCCAAUUCUGGGGUGAUGUCUAUUACUUGCUUAGUUAUUUUACAUAUUUCUUGUAUGGCUGUUGUCCAGAAUAGUUGGAUUUUGGGACACUCCCACCACAUGUGGAGGUAUGUGCCUGUGGAGGUGCACCCUCUCCAGCAUUUUGGUGAGGUUCCUGGGUGUAUUAGCGCUAGUUUCCUUGGUGUUAGGUACCACCUGUAGGUGAGUUUCAGUGUGAGUUCUUUUCUUUUCGUUGAUAUGGAUUUAAAGGGGGUUUAGACCACAUUCUGGUCCAUUGAGUGGGGUUAAUCUCAUAGCCUAUGUCAUUCUCCCAUUGUUUUUUGAUUGCAUCUAGGGAUUUGCGGGAUUUUGGAGUAGUAUUUUGUAUAUUGCGGAUACCGUCCCUUUACCGUUUCCUUUUGUUGUUAGGAGGAGGUUUUCGAAGGUUGUCAGGGGCCUAGUUGCUGCUGAUUUUACUGUUGGGUUGUUUAAGAGGGCAUGUAGUUGGUGUUGUGUUAACCAGGGCAUUUGGGUGUCUUCUAGUUUGUCUUGUAUUUCUUGUGUUGACAAGGGUUUGUUAUUUUUAUAAAAGUCUAUUAGGCGAUAUAAGCCUUUGGUUUGCCAGGUUUUUAUCUGGAGGUUUUGUGCUGCAUGGUGGAAUAAUGGGUGGUACGCCAGGGGGAUUAGUGGGGAUGGGGUUGGGGAUAGUUUGCCUAUUUGUGUUUUCCAUGCUUUGAGCAUGGUCUGUGUGUACCUGUUAAGUGUUGUGGGAAUUUUCUUUAGUUUGUUUGGGAGGAAUGGGUAUGUUGUGGUGCAGGUAUUUUCAAUUGUGUCCCUCUCUAGGUGUACCCAUUGUUUUGUCUCAUCUUCUAGUAUAUAUGGGAUUAUAUGGCGUAUUUGGUUGGCAUUGUAAUAUGCUUCUAUGUUAGGGAUUCCCAUCCUCCUUCUGAGGUGGGGAGGUGCAGGUAUUUGAGGCUUAUUCUUGGUUUUUAUGUGAGAAGAUGAAAGAGUGUAGUUUUCUCUGCCAACUGCGAAGUUGGGUUGAGGGAUCCAGAUUGGGAGGGUUUGGAAUAGGUAGGUUAGUUUUGGGAGUGUGAUCAUUUUGAUCAUGGCUAUUUUGUCUGAGAGAGUGAAAUUCAUGUUAUUCCAUCUCUUUAGGUCUUUGUUAAUUUGUCGCCACAGGGGCUUGUAGUUGUGGAGGUACAAUUUAUUGAGGUUUCUGGUUAUUUGUACCCCUAGGUAUCUGAACUUGGUGUGGCAAAGUUUUAUUUUGGUGACCUUCGUGAGUUCUUUUUGGGUGUGAGGAGGGGUGUUGAAGCACAUAGCUUCUGACUUUGUAAAAUUUACCUGUAGGCCCGACACCAUUGCAAAUGUGUUGAGUUCUCUGAUUAGGGAGGUUGCUGUGCUUAUGGGGUCUGGUGUUGUGACCAUUAGGUCAUCUGCAAAGAGCCCUAAUUUAUAGGUUCUGCCUUUUAUUUCCACUCCCUUGAUGUCUGUGGCUGCUCGGAUGCUGAUUGCUAAGGGUUCCAGAGCCAGGAUAAAUAAGAAGGGAGACAGUGGGCAUCCUUGUUUCAGUGCCUCUUUGGAUAGCUAUAGUAUUAGAAUCCAUAUUGUUAGUUCUGCAUUUUGCUGAGGCUUGGGAGUAUAUUUGUUUGAGAAUUUGUAGGAAGUUGGGGCCAAAUUUCAUGUUAGUUAGUACUGCUAAUAUGUAUUUCCACUCUAAGCAAUCAAAGGCUUUGAGGAUGUCUAGGGACAUAAUUGUCAAUGGGAGUUUGGUUGCCUUGCUGUGUUCGAUCAGGUUCAGUAGUUUCCUGAUGGGGUCUGUUAUAUUGCGGCCAGGGACAAAGCCAGUCUGGUCUGGGGCUACUAACUUGUGUAGGAAGGUUUUUAGGCGGUUGGCCAAGAUUGAUGUGAAUAUCUUGUAGUCUUGGUUUAUUAAUGAGAUUGGGCGGUAUGAUUCUACUUUGAGGCUGUCUUUUAGUGGUUUUGGGAUGGAGACUAUUUUGGAGUGGGUCCAGGUUUUGGGGAUGGGGCCCCUUUUAUGAUGUCGUUGAAUAGGCGGGUCAUGUAGGGCAUCAAGGGUUCUUUGAAUUUCCUAUAGAAUUCUGCUGUGAAGCCGUCUGGGCCUGGGGCUUUGUGUGGUUUCAGGUUUUUGAGGACCGCAUCUAUUUCCUCUGGGGUGAUAGGGCUGUCCAUGAAUUCCUGUUCCUCAUCAGUUAGGGUAGGCAUGGACAGUCCUGCUAGAAAUUUUUGAUUUCCUUCUCUGGUGGGUUAUGGGAGGUGUAUAGGUUGGAGUAGAAUUCUGCAAAUUCUGAGUUUAUUUCUUCGGGGAGAAUGUUAUGUUGCCGUCUUUUUGGUGAUGCAGUGUAUUCUUGUUUUGAGUGCUUUUUCCUGCAUCUAUUUGCUAGUAAUCUGGAGUUUUUCCUCCAUAUUCGUAGAAACGUUGUUUAGAGUAUAGAAUGUUGAUCAUUGUUUUGUUAAUUUCUAGGAGUCUAGUUCUCUCCUUUUUUGUUCCAUAAGUUUGAGGAGUUUUUAGAUCCUGUUUGUUUGUAGCGUGAUGAGAGGGCUGUGAUGUCUUGUUCUAUUUUGCUAAUUUUUGAGGAGGUUUGUUUUUAAGGAAUGUUUUCUCUUUUAUGCAAGCUCCUCUGGUGACCGCUUUCAUUGCGUCCCAUAGGAGGGGUUGUUAUAUUGUUUACAUCGUUUUCCUUGAAGUAGUUUUGGAGGGUUUUGUGAGACUCUCUCUAAUUUGUUUGUUUGUAGUUAGGAUGGGACUGAAGGACCAUGAUGGGGUGGUUUGUGUUCCUUCUCCUAUUUUAACGAUGACUUCUACUGGGGCGUGAUCUGUGAUUUUAAUGUUACCUAUGUUUGUUGAUUCCACUGAGGGAUCAGACCCUGUGUGAGUAGAAUGCUGUCCAGUCUGGAUACUGUAUCAUGGCGUCCCGAUUGGAAUGUAUGGCUGAUGUCUCCCGGGUUUUGCUCACCCCAAAUGUCGUAGAGACCCCUGCUUUUUAGCAUUUUUAGUAACUUGUAAGGGUUCCUAGUUGUUGGGGUUUCCUUCGGAGGAAGGUUGCCCAUGGGGUUGUAGGGUGGAUAUCUUUCAGGGCUAUGCCUUUCAUAUUUAGAUUGAGGUCCCCUCCUAGGAUUGCUUCCCUUCAGAGAAGGAGAGGAAUUUGUUUAGUGUCUUCUGGAAGAAUUCUAAUUGUUUCGUGUUUGGGGCAUAUAUGGAGCCAAUUGUCAGUUUGAUUUUGCCAUCUAGUGUCCCUUUAGCGAAAAUGAAUCUGCCUUUUUGUCCUUGAGGACUGUUGUGGCAGUGAAGUUCAGGUCUCUACUGAGUAUUAUGGCUACACCACGAGCUUUCCCUGAGCCUCGUGCGACCCACUGUUGACUGAAGCGGGGUCGCUCAGGAGUUUGCUGCCUUUGGGUGGGUUGUGUAUUUCUUGUAGGAAGGUGAUGUGUGGUUUCAUGGUGUUUAUGUAUGAGGUGAUGCGUUUUCUUUUGAUGGGGUUUCCCAGCCCCCUCACGUUUAAUGUAAUUGCUUUUAGGUUAGCCAUCUUGCUUAUCUAUUAUGUGGGGCGAUUCCCUGCCAACCCGUUUGGGUUGUCUUGUAUCUCUCUCUUCGUGUUGUUUAAAGUACCAGUGGGGUUGCGCUGACCUAGGGUGUGGCGGGUGUGGGGCUAAUGGGAUUAGAGUAAGAUUUGGGUUAAAGAGUAGGGGUUAAGUUGUAGAGAGUUUCCUAUAUGUAGUCAUAUAGGUGUUUGUUUGGGGUAUUUUAGGCCAUCUGGCAUUUAGCCGGUUGGUCCUAGGUCUCAGCUGGUGUGGAAGGCCGUGUUCAAGGACAGGCCAUCCCCCCUGUUGUUUGCGAUGGGGGUAUCAGUGAGACAGUGUGAAGUGACUUUGUAACGUCGCUGUCAGGUAUAAGGUUCGUAAGCAAUGUUGCCAAUGUUAUGAGCAACAUUGUUGGUGUGUUGGGGUGGGGAUGUGGGUGCUGGUACGCUCUGGUGCCACCAUAGUGCUGGUUGGGUAUCAGAUUUUAGCCUGACUGUGGGUUGUGUUAUUAAGGUUGGAGUUGUUUUUCUUAGUAUGGGGUAUGGGGAUGUUGAAGGUGUGGGUGAUGUGGAAUGUGGUUGAGGUCGUCUGGACUGGUGUUGGGGCGGGGAUUUCUGUGGGGGUGCGGGGCUGGGGGGUAUGUUGAUGGUGUUAACGAAAUCUAUGUUUUGUGGGGGAGAGAGGGGAAAAGGGGGGAAUCACCAGUCCUUCAGUUUGUGGUUUUUUCCUGGUUGCUUCAUUCAGCUGGGGUUGUUGUUGUUGUAGGGUUGUCCAUCUGCGAUGAGUUGGUUUGGUUAAUCUUGGUCUGGUUUCUUGUGUCAUAUGGCCGGCGGGACGAUUCUGAGCGUGAUGCUUCUCUGUAUUGGUUUGCACUGUUGUGCCGCUUCUGUUUCUUUUUCUUCUGUACCGUCGUCCAGUUGUUUGCUGUUGUUUCCUCAUGGUUGGGGCUGUCACUUGGUGGGUUUGUCGGUUGCCAUUCCGGUGGGAGGUCGAGUUCAAGGUUCUUUAGUAGUUGCAGGGCCUCAGGUAUGUUGGUAGCCAUGUGUUGUGUUGUAUUGGUUGUUACAAUGAGGCGGAAGGGAAGCCCCAUCGGUAUUUGAUCCCUGCUUGUUGGAGACGCUGGGUGCAUGGGCGCAAGCUUUUCCUUCGGUUUAGGGUAUCCUGAGAUAAGUCCUGUAAGGCCAGUAUGGGGAUUUCUCCAUAUCGAAGGUUGGUUGAGUUUCUGAGGUGGUACCAUACCUCUUCCUUCUUUUUGUAGCGUGUGAAGCAUACAAUGAUGUCUCUUGAGGGCGCUGGGUUUUGGCAUAGGUUUUAGGGCUCUGUGAGCCCUCUCCAAGUCAUCUGCCUCAAGUUUCAGGCUUGGGAUUGUGUUUUUCAGCCAGCGUAUAAUUAGGUCUGCUGGGCUUUUCUCCUCUGUUUUUCAGGAAAGUUGCGGAAGCGGAUGUUACAACGUCUAUUGCGGUCUUCAAGGUCGGCUUGCUUAAUUUUCAUCUCUCUGUGUUCUGCUUCAAUUUGGUUUACCAGUUCGUCCAGUUUCUUGUUCACACGUGCGUUCUCCUCCCGGUAUUGCUCUAUUAUUCUUUCUUGCAUUUGGUUCUUGUUCUCUAGAGCUUCCACUUUGGAGGUUAGGUUGUUGAUUAGUACCUGCAUGGGAGCCAUUGUGGCCUUCAGUGUUUCUUCUAAUCGUGCUUCUAAUCUUGCUUCCAUUUCCCUCAAAUCUCGUUUCGUUAUUGGGUGGUCAUCAUCUUGAAGGGGAGUUACCGUCUUAGCAUUGUUUGUCAUCUCCCUGGUUGGUGUCAUCUCAGUCUCCCUGAUGGUUUUGGUUUGAGGUUGGCUUGGCGUCCUCUUGGAGUAGGGCGUGUGGUGGUUAGGAGUUGUGGCAGUGGUGAUUCCUGGGUAUUGUUGGGUUGCUGAGCUGAUCAGGCGUUCUUUCUUGGUGGCUUAAACAGAGCGUUUGAAUUAGGUGGUCAUUUGUGUCACUUCUAGCCUGUGUUUUGAGAACUUCUCUAGGGUUUCUGUAGUUGCCUCAGCGGUGCCGCCAACGCGGGGGGGGGGCAGGUAAGCAGAAAUGGGUAGACUAACGGGCAGACAGUUCAUAUAAAGGGGGGGGGGGGUUUAGCAGGUAGAGAUGCAAAAGAUUAGAGGGGUGGGGCCAGGGGAAAUAUGUGUUUAGGAGGGGGUUGUAUAUACCCAAAAGGGGUACUGGGGUCCAGCUAAGGUGGGAGUUGGGGUUGGGAGUGCGCUCAGAAACAGAGACAGACAAAUAGGCUCUAUGUAAAGGGUGGAGGGAGAAAAAGGGAAGAAGAAGAAAGAAAGAAGAAGGGGGGAGGUGGGGGGAGAGGGGAGAUUGGAGUAAAAGAGAAGAGAGAGAGACAAAAAGAGAGUUGAAAUAGAGAGGAGAGAUAGUACAGUAAUAUCAGCGGUAUUAGAUUGCAGCAGUAGUUUUAGCUAUAGUAUGAGGGGGGCAAAGUAUGAUAUGGUCAUAGGGAUGUGUGGUGGUGUUUACUUUAUGGGAAGGGGGGAUGGAGACAGGGAGGAGGGAGAGGAAAGGAGAGGAGGAGGGGGAGGGGUGGGGAAAGGAAGGAGAAGAAAAGAGGGGUGAGGGAGGGAGGGUGAGCUGUGGCAAUGGUAUGGGGAAAAGUCUUAUUUUAAAAGGGGGGUGGGGAGAAAGGGCUCCCCCCUCAGAAACAAACUGACAAACAGGCUAAAAGGGGGGGGGUUGAUUUUAAAAAAUAAAGGGGAUAGAAAACAAUGUUGGGGAUGGAAGGGUGGGAUAAUAGGAAAAAAUAAGGAAGGGUGGAGAGAGAGGAGAGGAGGAGGGGGAAGGGUUAAAAAGAAAGGAUUAACAAAAGAAACAAACAAAAAAACAAACAAAAAAAGAAGGAAAAAGAAGGGGUAGUUUCUUCCUUUCUGCGAUCUCCUUUGUUAUGCGGCUUUCCUGUUUUCCUUGCCGCUGGAGCUCCGGUCGGCUCAGCCACGUGUUUUUUCGGAGCCUCUUUGCCUUCCCUACCUCUCCUCUUCUUUCCCGUCGGCAGAGAUGGGGGCAGCAGCGGUAAAGUUGGGGCUCCUUUUGCUUUUUCUUCUUUUUCUUCCUCUCUCCCCCUUUCUUUCUCCCUCUUUGCGUUAGCUCCACUGUCCUCCUCGCUUAUUGCAUUUAUAUACCACUCCCCCCCCCCCGGACCUUAUGGUCCUCCAAUCUCCUCUUAAGCCAAAAACGGUUGUCUAAAUAUAAUUAACUGCAAUCUUAAAAAGCAAAUAACGGUUGGUUCGUUUUCUAAAGUCGUUGCCCAAACAGACUGAACCAAUUGUAUAAACACUAUUGGGGGGGGGAAACAAAACACUUGAGCAUAAACACAAAAAGCUCUCAAAAUGAGUACAGCAAUCUUGUAAUUAUUAGUGUUUCAUUCUUUUAUACAUUGUGGCUCAAUAAAACGCUUUCCCCCCACCAUAGUACUCAAAAGCCUGCGGUGCUCCGAAUCUAACAGCACACCCGCACUGGCCCUCCCGCACCAGUUGCAGUACAGUACUCCCCUUUCGCCACUCUUGUUGAUGAUUCCUUUCCAGUCGUGGAUGCUCCAGCAAGAAAAUGCUUUUGACCCUUUGCAGCAAGUCCAUCCCAAACCCAUUGCCCAAGCCAGACAGCAAAUAAUACCACUUCAAAUUUCCACAAAGCUUGGAGACUUUGGCUACUCCAAUCCUCUGAUAGCCCAUCACCAGACUCGGAAGGUCCAAAUAACCAUAUGGAGGGGGGGUCGAUCCAUCCCCCCCAUUUCCAAAUCUGACCACAUUUCAUCUUUCCGAAUCUGGUUUGUCCCAAGUUCAUUUAUCAAGUUCAAAGGCUGAUCUUGCCCGUCCAUAGGUCCCUCCAUCUCUGAAGCCUCCAUCACUACAGCAGGUUCAUAUGCUUGUAUAGCCUUUAACUGAAUUUCAUUUGUUUGCUGCUGUGCUCUGGUAACUUCCAUCCUCAAGGUCGUCUCCUGACGCAUCUGGUCCAGCUGGGCACUUAGUUUUGAAAAACCUUCCAGGAACAAUUGUUCAAGCCUUUGUACUAGCAUUGUCCUUCAAGGUCAAAGAAAAUUCUUUCCCACGAGAGUAGUCCAAUAGUCCUUCUCUUUUAAUCUCUCUGCGUUGCAAUUUCACUAAAUUCCACUAGAUGGAAUUUUUUUUUUUAAAAAAAGGAAUAAAAACAACAGCAACAAUCUUUCUUUUCCAGAAACACUUUAUCCAAAAUUCCCCUUCCAAAUUCAAGAGGCAACAGUAGAAUCAAAAUGUUACCCUUCUUUUAACUAACUGUCGAGCUGGAUAAACUUCAGAACGUCAAUUCUGACAGCCCGCUCCUGGUUCAGGGCGGUGGAAAAUUGCUUUAUUUUAAACUCACUUCCGCAGGAUUGAAAAGUCCAAAUACAACCCCUUUUUCUCCUGCUGUCAAAGGGGGUUCAGAAAUCUUAGAUGUUGAAUUCUAGUUCUCUUAAAAUUUAAUUUUCAGGCUUUAGUAUAUUUUGUCUUUGCUUUCUUCACAUAACAAAGAACGGAAGGCGACUUCCUGUUUAGACCUUCCCAUUCCGAGACCCAAUUAAGUUCAAUUUCAAGUCCAAUAUUAUUUGUUUAUUCACCAGUCUUAAAAGUGGUUCAGCUCUUCUAAGAUCAGGUACUCACGGAUAGAUGUUUUAGAUGCCAAAUUGUCCAGGAAAAAGGCAGCGCUCUCCGAUAACGGCAGUGCGGCUUUGCUGCACGGAGGAAGCAGACGACUCACAGCACCACGCACCUCCCACUCAGGAGCCCGGUAACGGGCUCCGGAGUGGGAGAGAGCGCUCUCGGUGCCCGCCGAGUCCCACGUCCACAGGCUUCUUCCGCCUGUGGUUUUUGCGGGUCCCCGCUGCGCCGUAGCGGCAGGACCCAAGCCUCCGUGCAGCGGGUUCCCUUCAGUCCGAAGGGAAUUCCGCCAUUUUCCGGAGGCGCCACCCCGGAAGUCUCUAGCAUCAGUUGUUGAAUGGGGUAAGGGCAAGUAUAGUGAGAUAUUAUAUGGAUUUUGAGUAGAUAGUAAGGGCCAGGAGCUGGAAAAUAAUUAUGUGCAAGGAUAUUUUAACAUUUGGAUGUACUGUAAAUUGCCCUGCAUGUCAUUGGAAUUUGUAAUAAUCACCACCUAUUUAUAUUAUCAUUUUUAUUGCACAGUUCAAGGGUUCAAAGUGCUCUUCAUCAUGCCAGCCCUCAAAGCUGGACCAAUGCAGUCCCCAUUUUCCCAAUCCUGUCUUUCUAGGCACUUUCUCAUUAUUCUCCUGCCUCAGGCUUCUGUUUGGUCCAGGUCUCUUUGCCUAACCUUUUCCCUAGGCCCUUCCCUUCUGCAGCAUAUGAAUAGAGCAGAGAGUAAUGAGAAUAGCAUAUGAAUAGCUCAGACAGCAUGAAAACCACUUAGCCAUCAACUUAGGAUCAGAGCAGUGAGCAGGGCAUCCAAGAGCAGUGAGCAGAGCAUCCAACGAAGACCUUUUGGACUGUCUGGCCACUCUGAUGAUGAGAGACGGAUAGCAGAACAAUAAUAAAGGCAAAUAUUUGCAGCAGUUUUUUCACUUCCAAUGGGAAGGCUAUUCAUCUCCCUAUAUCAAAACUGACAGGGAAUCCAGAUUUAUAUAUGUAGUGGUAUUUCUGCACAACUCAUUGGCAUGCGUCUGAUGUGCAAGUGUGACAGAGCUAUGAAAGCCACUUACUUCUACAACACAUUAUUAGCCCAAUGCAGGCAUUAUUUGUUUCCUUUACAUAACAAUAUGGGAGCAAGGAGCAGGGGUUGAGCUGAGUAGCCCCAUCCCUGAUUUUCACUCUUUGUAGGUCAGACCCCCCCUUGACAUGUGCACAUCAAGCACAAAUGACUGGGCAGGAGGCUUCACAUGUAUAGCUGUAUGCUGUUGAUGCACACAGGAACUUAUAAUGCCUGAAGCAGUGGAAAGCAUAGACUGCGACUUGCUUAAACCCCUAAAUGUAUUAUCCAGGUUUUCCUCCUGUAGUACUGGAGACAGGCAUUUCCUGCCCAGAUUCCUUUUUUUCAAGCGUUUAGGCCUUUAAAUUGCACUUGUAGACUGCAGUUGGUUGUAUUUUUCACUAAUAACUCUUUCACUCUGCCCAACAUUCUGCCUACAAGAGUUAAUAGUGAAAAAUACAAUUUCAGUCUGUCUUAUUACUUUUCCUUGUAAGUGAACAUGCCCAAGCACCUCUGCACCUUGAUUACAAGGAGGAGCCAGCAUCAAACAGUAAAAGGCACAGAUAAGUUAAUUCUGUGCUUAUAGGAUUGUAAAGUGUUUCCAGUUAAAACAAAUACUUGCCCAGUAAUCUGUUUAGAUUUAAUUUUUCUGAAUUAACUUUGCUCUUCUGCACCUUACUUCUGUUUCUAGUAAUAAAAAAAGCUGUGAACUGUAGGUUCUCUUUUAAAAUUAUAUAUUUUCUAAAAGACUUUUAAAAACUUGCAAUUUGUGUCACAAUUAAUUUAGUCUCCUCUGCACAUACACACCCAUUAUAAAAUACUUUGCCAUUAAGUGGACUAUCAAGUACUCAUCUCUAGUAAGAAGGGUUUGAGACACAAAAUGGUAUUUAAUUACCUUUGCAUGGUUUUGUUCUCAUUUUAAAGAUAUAUUUUAAGCAUUGAACACUCCCUUGCCUCUUCUAAACAGUAUGAAAAGUAUAUUGAGUAGUUUGCCAUGAAUGGACUCAGUGGUGGAGCAAAACCUGGUAGAGCAUAUUAUCUUAGCAGGCAGUCUUAGGUUUUAAUUUCUAACCCUUCUCUGUCUCCAGUGGGAGGGACUAGAUAUUUCUGAUCUUGCUCCUGACCAUAUUCAGAUCCAGCCAAGCACUCAGUGACUUCCCUGACUUUUUUGUAUGUAGCUGUGGGAAAAUUCCUGGUUGGCUGGCUAUGAAUUAAUGAAAAUCCUUACAAUGCUUCACUAAUGAUAGCUCCUGCGGGUUUAAAAAAAUGCUAUUGCCUUUUUUUAAUUUGAAGGAGGUCAUGGAGGUUUACAGAAACUAAGAGAAGGUAACAUCUGGUUGUGCUCUGCUGAUGGCUGCUUUUGUGUGAAGAAAAAAAGUUAUGGUGUUUCUUCAGCAUCAAACGCUUUCAAGGUGAUCCUCAUAAGAAUUCCUUCUAAAAUGUGCUCCACUCAAGCUGUGAGUUCUAAUUAAUAGUACUCUUCUGAAAUGCUGGAUCUUACUGUUAUACUCCCAAAUUUCUAAUACUUUAAUCCCAAAGGAUUACUAAACUAUACUGGUUUGAUAAUUUAUGUAGUAGACAGUUGAGUUUUUUAAAAAAGCCCCCCCCCUUAAGACGUUUGAUGAUAAAAUAGUCAAUAUAGUGAUUCACCUAUGAAUGUCCAAGCUAUAAUUGGUCUUAAGCAAGACUGAAAUAAGGGUUGAUACCUUCUGUGCAUAGUGUGUUUUUCCUUGUGUGCCCAGUUAUGCUCUUUGAAAUCCACCAAGGGCAUCUACUUAAUGAUACCAUCUGGGUUUCUGGUUCAGCCAGGAAUUUGCAUAAAGAGUGGUGCUCAUGAUGGAUGUCUUCCAAAUAUGGAAAUCCCUCCUGCUUCAGGGUUGUAAGAGUUUAAGCCUGAGCACAUUCUGGAAAUACUCUAAAAGAGGGUGGGUAUUCCUCACUUUAGGGCCUGUUCUGGACCCUAAGACUCCCACCAAUUUUGUUAGCUGCAAAAAGAAAAACAUAGACACAGCAUUGAGGUAGGUAGAGUUCUGCGCCCUAAUGGAGAUGGCAAAUUGUCCCCUUCCCAGUAAUCCAAGCAAUCACUUGAUUUAAAAAGGGGACUAAACCACCUCCUUUGCUGAUCUGUGUGGAUCAGUUGAGGAGUGGAGCUGUGAGCUUGUAUGUGCUUGUAUGCAUGUGAUAAAGUGCAUGAAAGAGUGUGAGAGGGUGCACCCACUUUUGUCCACACACAACAUGUGGCCCCUGCGGGUUCAGUGGACUUGAACCUUGAUGUCAUUACUCCUGCUAGAAACUCUGAAGAGCUACUGCCAGUCAGUGUAGACUAGGGUGAGGAAUCUGCCCUAUACCUCACAGGCCAAACCUGACAGGUGGGUGAGGCAACUCACCUGUCAAUUACCUAACAUCACAGUGAUAUUAGGCAAUGAUAAUUGAGACUUCAAAGCACCACACAGCGCUUCUAGAGAGCUCUGUCCUAUGCUUUGGGCCCCUGCUGAUCAACAGUGAUUGAUGGGUGGAGAUUUCAAGGCUGCUUUCAGCAGGGGCUGACUUUGCAACCAAGUUCCUCAUCUCUUGUCUGCCCAAACAUGAUGUUAUAGUGUUCCAUUAUUGAAGAAAGGUAGGAUAUAAAUGCUAGAAAAUAAUAAUAGACCCUGUGCCAUAUUAAGCAUGGAAGAAGUUGGUCUGAGAAGAUUGGGAUAGGUGGGAAGUAGCACGCACACCCCCCAAAAAAAAUUUAACAUCUGCAAAAAGCCAUUGGGAAUGAUAUUGGGAAAUUUGGAGCAUGGUGUCACCAGUGUGUCAGUGACAUGCACCUCUACUUCUUCAUAACUCCAUAAUAGCUGUGCAAGCCCUGGACCAGAGUCUGAAUGCAGUGGUAGACUGGAUGAGCAGCCAGCAAACUGAGUUUGAAGACUGAGACAGAGGCUCUGUUUGUGGGCAGGUGGUUCCCAUUCUAAUUUCUCUGAAAGUGCAGGUAUGCAUCUUUGUCAUUAGAAGUCCAAGUGACCUCUGCUUCAUGGUAUGUGACAGGGGAUGUAGAUGCUGCAUUUAGACUACAGUGCUCAAGCUGUUUAUGCAGGUGUGUUUGCAUGCCACCUAAGUUUAACUGAUGUUUACUGUGUCAUCUAGCAUAGCUUUCUUCAGUAUCAUUUCUCAUGAUACAAUUCCUGUGGUCCCAUCUUCCUAGCAUUUUCAGACAGGUAGCUAAGUUAGUCUGCAGCAGCAAAAACAAUGAAGAAGACUGUGGCAGCUUCAAAGACUGGCAGAUUUAUUGUGGCAUAAGCUCUAUAAGCUCUAGUCCACAAACUUUAUGUCAUAAUAAAUCUGUUAGUCUUUACGAUACUACAGGUCUCUUUGUGGUUCUUCCUGCCAUGAAAUCCAAGUGUUUGUUGGUUAGAAUGCAUGUUAUUUUUUGCAAUCAGGAAAACUUUCAACCACUUACUAAAUGCCACCAUGCACAAUGUGUUGCAAAUAAUGCAUUCUAGCGGUACAUGAAUUAUUUUAAUUGGAAAUAAAGGAUGCAUCAUCAGUCCAGUGGGAAUUUCAUUAGACUCCAGGUUCAUUUUGCAAGUGGAAUUUCAGCAAGGUCUGCUAAAGUUGCAGAAACACCCAGAGAACCUUUAAUAAUGGCAAGUAAGAAUCUUUGCUUUGCAUCUCAUCUCAAAUGUAGCAUCUCCAUCAACACAGUAUCCUGUAACAAAUACUCUUGUGUCUGGUAUGCUAUUGAUGUGGAGUUAGGGGCAUUCCAAAAUACCAACACUCUUUUGUUUUUGUUUUGCAGCCCCAAAAUGCACUGGUUUUGCAGCCCCAAAAUGCACAACCAAGGAAAUCAUAGCAAUUUUUAGACCUAUAGUACAGAGUUGCAAAAGUACAACAUAAACCUUGUUAGUUAGUAGUGCAAUAAUACAUUCAAUUAUAGUAUGUGUGUGUAAAGAAACUCUGUCACACAUUUCUCUCCAUUAAUAUGAUCCUGGAUUUAUGCCUGAGGAGUUAAUGUUCUGUAAUUACUUAGCCGUCAUUACACUUAUACUCCAACUCCUGACCAAAAUAAAGUGUAAAUCACAAAAAAGAGGUUAAAGUGUCAGUAAACUCUGUCCCUUAACAGGUGACAAGCUCGUAAUGUGUGGUGUUGCAGAACAACAGCAGAAACAAAAACCCUCCUAUCUUUUAUUCAUAAGUUCAGGAUAAUACCAGAGGGUACAGCUUAGGUAUCUCCAAAUAGUUGCAUUUCUAAGAUUAAUUCACUAAUCAUGCCAUUGACUUUUUGAGUAAGGACCACUAGCUGUGAAAUGUCAUGCAGAGUUUUUAAAUGGAACAUUCAGUUUGCUAAAGAAUGAGCUGCAAAGACAGAACUUUCUCUUUAUGGCUGUUAGCAGUAAAUGCAAGAAUCAAAGCCGCAAACUGAAUGAAAGGCUAAACCCCCUGUAUUAUCCAACAGUUUUAAUAGGUAUGAAUAACUAUGUUCAUUCCACCUUUGUGAUAUUGGACAUGUGUGUGUUCCUUGUUUUCCUUUUCCUUUCAGAAUUUUGCUGUAUGCAACGUAUUUUUGUGAUAGGUUAGUGUUUCUAUUCAGUGCUUUAAAAAUCUGCUGGUUUAAAAUCAGAGUUAAGGCUGUCUCUUGUUGCUCAAGUUCUACAAAACAGGAAAACAGGAAAAUAAUACUGAUGCCUUUGCUGACUUGCCCUGUGAUGAGCAUUGAUGUUGUGCAGUGUCAUAAAUUGUGCUUGUUUGCAGCUUGCCUUACAUGCACCUGCAACUUCCCUUGGUCUUUCAGGCCCAAAUCCAGAUGGAAUGAUGGAGUGCCUGGGACCAUCAAGAGUGUCCCAUAUUGUCUUGGUUCUGCAUUGCCUUAUGAAACAUUUGACCCUUACUGCAUUGCUAGAGGAAUCCUUCUGUGACAUGACCCCUGGCUGUUUGUUCCUUAUAUCAGUAACCGGUGGGAUGGGUUAACAUUAGAGAUUGGGCCACCUUUUAGCACCCUUCGUCCUCCUUGCCACAAAGAAGCUUUUCAUGUGUCACUACAGAAGACUGAAUGACAAAGAGAUUAAAAAUUUCUUAUUCUGGAUUUGGACCUGCAACCUGAAGAAUGAAAGGAAAAUACUAAUUCCACUACUCACAAAUGUUGUUUGCAAUUCAUGGUUUGUCUGGAGCAACAGAAUCCAUGUUCAAGUGACACACUAGGCCAAGCCGUAGUUUAACUCAUGGCAGCACAGCAACAGGAAGAUUUAUGGGAGGAGUACAGUAGCUGCAGUCUGUCUGUGGGGAGGCAGUGUUUGCAUGUUUGUGCUAUAAUCCAUGGUUCAGCUUAGCAUGAUGUGCAAACCUGGCCUUAGUGUUUUGUGCACUAGAGUUGCUGCACCUGUGGUGUCAGUCAAAAGUUUUUACUUUUAGAGAAAUGGAGGAGGAAGUUGAAAUCCCGAAGAACAGCAAAUCUAGCGCGUGCUAAACCCUCACCUUCUUUCCCCGGUCAAAAUAAGACUAAAAUCUGCAGUGAUUUACUUAAGACCAGUGCUAGAGAAUUGAGGCUCUGCCUUGUAAAUGGGUACCACUGGAGCAUUUGGAAGUUAGUCCUGUUCAUGUCACAUUCUGGUACAUGUCCCAUCAGUACGGGUGAAGCUUGUAACCUCAUGUUAAUGGCAUAGCACCAGUUAACAUAGUUGGAAGCACUUCAACCUGUAAAUUCUAUGGCCAUGGCUUCCAAUUUUCCUAGCUCUUUCAUUUCCUUAUUUUCAUUUGCUACUUGCUAAUAGCAAGGUCUGGAUGAAAGGUUUUUUUAUAGUUAGAAUUAUAGUGGUACCUUGGUUUAAGAACAGCCCUGUUUACACACUAUUCGGUUUACAAAGUCUGCGAAACUGGAAUUUGUGUCCUGGUUUGCAAACUUUACCUUGGUCUAAGAACGGAAGCUGAACGGUGGUAGGGCACCGCCAGCGGGAGGCCUCAUUAGGGAAAGUGCGCCUUGGUUUAAGAACGGUUUCGGUUGAAGAACGGACUUCCCGGAACAGAUUAAAUUAGUAAAUUGAGGUACCACUGUAUUAACAGGAGGUUUUAUGUACAGAUCGUAAUUAAAUAUAAAUUAAUUAUUUGCAAAAUUCCUAAUUUUAGUGAGUAUGACAAUGUAUGGUAAAAGGAAACCAGGAGGGUAAUUGACAAGAAUAACAACUUUGAUUUGUUUUAAAAAGAAAACAGUCUUGAUGCUCUUAAAUUUUCUGCUGUAGACUGAAACUCACCUGCCCAAAUUUGUUCUAAUCUAGUUACAUGGAACUUUUAUUAUUGCCAAAUGGCUCAAAUAAUAUCAAGGGCUUUUGAAUUUAAUUUUUUGAAUUCAAGUUGUGGGUCUGUUUAAGACAUCUCUCUUAUUCUCUUUCCCCAUUGAUCAAAGUAGAGAAACCUGUGCCUCUGUUUUUGUUGCACACAUUGACAGUCUAUGGAUAACAUUACAUUUUUUCAGCAUGAAACUGAACACUCUAAAUCCCUAAAGCAGUCUCAAAUGUAUGGUUAAUAAAAGAAUUUAUUGUACUGGAUGUCAUCUGUUAUAUCACUCUGGGAACAAACCUGGCAGUGAGUGGACAGGAAAUAUUUCCAUUUCAAAUCACUACAAUCUUUUAUGGUCUAGGGCAAAAGUGUCUAAUUUCAGCAAAGUCACUGAAUAGUGUGUAAUGAAGGCAUUUUAGUUGAUUAAAUGCAUGUUAUCACUUUUCAAACAACAUUAGGGUGUUUUCUUCCCCCCUCUGUGCUUUUAACAGAAGCGAAUAUUUCUGUACAUAUUAUGUGUGUUCUGUCUGCAGUACUGAGCGCUAGAAAUAUGUUUUUCCCCCAUUGGCAGAGAGAAUAGUAUGUAUUUCCAGAUAAACAAUUGGGCAUUCCCAGGAGGUUAGCAAGAAGAUAAGCUUGUGAACCAUAGCCAAAGCACUUCGUAGUUUUAAAGGACUGCUUUUGUAAUCAGCUACUUCCUCAAUGGAGAAGCUUGAGGAGUUGCUCCUGUGUAGCCAUUGCUGUGUACUUGGCAUGCUGUUUUAAUUGCAGACUGCUUCCACCCCUCACUCACUCCACCAGUGCAAAAUCUGUGUGAAUGACAGCCAUUUGCGUGGAAACUAAAUGCAGUCACAAUGCAGAACUUGGAAACACAAGUCAGGUUUAAUAAGGUGCCGUAGCCUUUGCAGGCAAAAGGUCCUGGGGCCAUUCUGUGGCAUCUCCAGUUAAAGCAAUCUUGAGUAGCAGGGCCAGGAAAAGUGUCUUCCUGAGACCAAGGAGAGCCUGUGCCCCACCUCGAAUGGACACAUGUGCUUUUGUGUCCAAAUGAGCUGGCCUUAACUGAGAUGAAUACAGAAAAUGUUUUGCCUUCUUGAUCUUGGCCAGUAAUUGGGAAUUACAAAAAUAGUUGAUUCUGACAUUACGGUUUUGAGAGGACAGUGGGAUUGGGACCUUCCCUAUUGUCAUGGGGCAAGAACUCUUUUGGAUGUUGAUAUGACUGCCCAGAAGUGGGGGGGGGGGGGGGAGAGAUACUUUGAGGAUAGAUUUGUUUUGUUUUAAAAUAUUCAAAAUGCUGCCAUGUGGGGCUUUCCUGUUCAGUGGUGUGUGACGGAAAAGUUUGUUUUGCUGGGCAGGUUGGGUCACCAAGUGUUUUCUUUUCCCCUGCCAGCAAACGGUUAACAAACGGGGUCUAGGAGGGGGAGUUGAAAAGGAGAGGAUUUUGAGAGGGAGGUUUUUUUGGUUGGGAGAGAGGGAAUGAGAGGAGAGAGAGUUGGUUCUGGGUAGAAGCAUCCACUCUGAGGAAUAUAUCACAAGCUAGAGAAAGGAGUCUCUGAGCUUAGUGUGAAGGACGGUGUGUGGUGUCCUGUAAGAGUAAUAGGCCAGGAAUUAACUGGGAGGCGGAGGCUGAGCGGGGAGAAGUAGAAGAUGUGCGAAUACAGUCUACUUAGGUCUCAUUCCAGUCAGGAGUGGAGAGAUUUUUCUACAAAAAGAGAAGACUCCGAAACCAGUUCAGAGGGGUGUGGUGAUCCCUUGGGUCUGUUACUUGGAGAACCUCAGGAGUAGGGUUGUCUAAGGCAGGCACAGGUAAACUCAGCCCUCCAGAUGUUUUGGGACUACAAUUCCCAUCAUCCCUGACGACUGGUCUAAGGGGUGUGUAACUGACAGGAAGUACCACCUUGUUUAAGAACCAAAGUAUUAAGCAGCAACAGCUGUACAACAACUGAGAAAGAACUGAAGUGAAAUAAUAUUAUAAUCUGAAGUAUCUUAUGUUUUACCCACUUUGUGUCAUAAAUUUCCUUUGUUUAAUAAAAUCUUUGUUUAUUUGAUCAAAACCUGCCUGAGACUCCAAAUUGUUAAGUUUUCACUCACACAAGUCCCUCACAAGAUAAUCUGGGGUAGUUUGUAGGCAUUCAUGGAAUUGGUGUUCUGUGAGGUGGGUGCACUAUAUUUAAGUGAGGGCGGGCCCAACGGCACCAAAGGAAAAAGUGCCGUCACAUGGUGCAGCCAGCUUUUUGCUCUCCUGCAGAACCUGAGGUUCUUCCAAGCCUGCUAAUUGAUACUCCCUCUUGUGACUGGGUGGUCCUUUGAACAAGGACACUUUGAAAAUUGAUGUUGAAGGCAACUUGGUGGAGGCUGAUUCAGACUGAGGCAGAGGCACUGGGUGGAGGGUAGUUUUAACCCUCCAAGUGCUAUUUUGCCACUCUUAAUUCCACACCUUCCUUGUCCCAAAGCUGCCCUUUGUCCAAGGAAAGCAAACUUAAGUACCACAAUCAGAAUAUCUUUAAAUACAGAAUUCAUCAGGCCUGGUGUCCUAGUUUGGCAUCUACUGAUAGGGAUUUUCCCUAUAGGUUUUAACUGCCAUAGUUGCUUCAGAAGAAAGAGAGCUGUCCCCCUAGUUUACAAUGCAUGAUUGUCUUACAUAAGCCAAUAUAUACGAGAUGCAUUUCAUUAGUAUGUUCAGGCUCCCCAUCAGAGUGUUGUGCACAAUUAAAAAGUAAACACACAAACUCAACAAGCAGAAUUGAAAAAGGCAGCAUAACAGUUCAGCAUAAAAGUAUACUGGAGCAAAUAAAGCCUAAUUAAAAUGUCCCCAAUGGGUACCUAAAUAAUGACACAAUUGGUGAGCUUUCCUGGAAUGGGCAUUCCGUAAAUGGACAUGCCACUUAUUUUCAAGUGGUAGUGGGGAUUGGAAGAGAGACUCUGAUGUGGAACAUAGCAUUUGGCCAGACAGUCCCAAAUUUGGGUGGUAGAAGACAAUCUUACAAGUUGGUGUGUAUUAAAAUAUUUUUAGUCUGGCUCUCAUCCUUUUGGAUACCAGGGUGGUAUAUAAUGAGCCUGUUAAAAUAACAUAAAACAAUAAUACCAAACCGUCAUCGUAUACAAUUUAGAGGCAGCUACAAUCAUACAGCAGAAAAAACCGACAUAACUUAGAAAUGCUUGGAGAAAAACAAGUUUUCAUCUGUGUGUGCAUAGCAAACUACAGUUGCUUUUACUUGCUGACUCCCAGUUUAACUCCUUAUCAUACAGAUAAGUGAAUUACUAAAGCUUCUUUGUUAGAACUAUGAAAUUCAUUUUCUAUUCUUUUUCUCAUGCAGAUAUGGGCAGGGAGUGGGUGGGUAGAAGUGCUGCAGUAGAGUUAGAGAGCACAUGCUCUACACGCAGAAGAUUUCAGGUUAAAAAGAGUAGGUAACUGGUGGUGGGAAAGACCUCUGCCUAAAACUCUGGAGAGCCAUUGCUAGUCAGAGUAAGCAGAAAUAGGCUUGGUGAACAAGUAUCCUGAUGUGGUAGAAGGCAACUUCCUAAUGUCUUGAUGGGGUACAUAAAUUUGACACAAGCUCUGUUGUCAGACUUCCAGUCCAAUAGGUUAGGCACACAAGCGGUCAUCACUGGAAGGAAGAGGAAGAUAGGGAGAUCAGUUGGGAAAGGUCUGAAUGGAAGUUACGUGUUUUAAAACUUGUGUUUCAACCCAGUCUUGGCUAGGUGGAUUAUUCCUAGUUUAUGCUAUUGAAUAUAGGGAAGGGUUUUUUGCAUCUACGUAGCUAACUGUGACAACUGUCCACUCUGUGGUACAUUGGGAGAGAGAGAGAGAGAGAGACAGACGACAGACAGACACACAGAGGAUUUCAUUACAUCAGUGGAGUACAUUGAGUGUAUUUGUAUUGGGCAUGACUGUCUGUUGCAUCUCGAAUGGUGAUGCUCAAAACAGCUUUACUUAAAUUAGGUCUUUUAAAAUUUCAGUACUUCCUCUUUCCUCUUAAAUGAUCAGUUCAGAUGUCCAGGUUAAAAUUUCCACUGCAGAAUCUUGUGAUCCUUGGAAUAAUUUCCUUUGUUCUUAUAUUCUGGGGGACGAGUGAGUUAGGAAUACAGAGGGAAUUGACUGGAAGUUUGUCUUUUCACCUUCAGAUAUUCCUGUACUUCCCACUUUUCCUCGCAUGAAAAGGAGACUUUUGUUUCUAGCCAGUGGGGAUAUUUCUGCAGCGGUGGGACAGGAAUUAUAUAUAUAUGUAAAUUUGAAGACACAAAGCACACAGUUGCAGUGUGUGUUUCUUUUUGAUCCUUUGCAUUCCUUCCCCUGAAAUCUCUUCCAACUUCUUAGUAUGGUAUAAGUAUUAAGAAAACUAAUGAUGGAAUUUGCAUUCAGCGCCCCCCUCCCGCUCCUGAAAUGUGCAUACUUCAUUUUCUCCCAUUCCUGAGGAAUCUAUUGAAACCAUCUGUUGGCCCAUCUCCAGGUGCUUGCUAAGGUUUUAGAGACGGAGGCUGCAUGCCACACUUCCUGUGCUCCUCUAACCUAUGUUUAUACCUAAGUGGAUAGUAAGCGGAACUGUCAAUAUUGAAAUUAUUUAUCAUUUCUCUGCAAAGACUGCUAGGAGAAAAACGUUUUGAGCUGCAUUCCUUUACACUCUUACUUGGGAGUAACUACACUGAGGUUGAUGAGCCUUGCAUAGGUUGCAUUGUUAACAACUUGCUUGGAUCAAGGGAAGUAAUAGUGCCACUGUAUUCUGCUCUGGUCAGACCUCACCUGGAGUACUGUGUCCAGUUCUGGGCACCACAGUUCAAGAAGGACAUUGACAAACUGGAACGUGUCCAGAGGAGGGCAACCAAAAUGGUCAAAGGCCUGGAAACGAUGCCUUAUGAGGAACAGCUAAGAGAGCUGGGCAUGUUUAGCCUGGAGAAGAGGAGGUUAAGGGGUGAUAUGAUAGCCAUGUUCAAAUAUAUAAAAGGAUGUCACAUAGAGGAGGGAGAAAGGUUGUUUUCUGCUGCUCCAGAGAAGCGGACACGGAGCAAUGGAUCCAAACUACAAGAAAGAAGAUUCCACCUAAACAUUAGGAAGAACUUCCUGACAGUAAGAGCUGUUUGACAGUGGAAUUUGCUGCCAAGGAGUGUGGUGGAGUCUCCUUCUUUGGAGGUCUUUAAGCAGAGGCUUGACAACCAUAUGUCAGGAGUGCUCUGAUGGUGUUUCCUGCUUGGCAGGGGGUUGGACUCGAUGGCCCUUGUGGUCUCUUCCAACUCUAUGAUUCUAUGAUUCUAUGAGAUGUUUCUACACCUUAUAUCUAAAUUACCACUGGUACAAAAUAGUAAACCUUGUUUUUCUUGGGAUAGUGUAGAAAAGAGCCUCUCAUUUCAUUUCUGAUUUCAAUCAUGCAAGUCCUGGCUUUUUCCUGCUCUUCCCCCCCUUCCCCCCCCCCCCACAAACUAUACUCCUGCUAUCAAGACAGUACAGCUUUUAUGGUAUGCAUGUUAGCUUGGAUAUACACUCAGAAGACUUCUACCAUCACUUUGCUUGCUUUUGUUGAAAGUGACAUAUCAGCUUGGACGUCUCCUAGCAAGCAACUUGCAUAACAAUAAAAAUGUGGCAGUCCAAGCCUGUUCAGAAUGUCUCUACUUGCAAAAGGCUUGAAAAAACAAGUAUAGUGUUGUCAUUUUGGCAAGCGGAGCUCUGCUAAUUUCCAAGCUUAAUGGAAGACUUCAGAGGGCACAUGCUGUGUAGGCACUCUUUUUGGGUCCAUGGGCACUGUUGCAAACUGGAGAAGCUAUCAUGAACACACACACACAGACACCACAACAUGCAUGGCAACCACAAAUACAUGCAGUCAGUUAGGCUUUUGUUUUUCCCCCAGGGUCUUGUUUCCCCCAUCCCUGCCUGCUGAAAUUAGGCUUGAAGCAAGCUUUAAGUGUGGACUGGCGAGGAGCAUUUUUGCUGCCAGGGAGGUCAUAACCGGAGAGCGAUCCCUCUGUAGCUGUGUCCCCCUGAAAUUACCCUCUGUGCUGCAGCUGGGCUUGCAUUAAGCUGUUUAUUGGCUACAGUAGAAUUUGCUACAUGGGCACCGCUUUGGUGACCUUUGGGCUUAACCUUCUGUUGCAGGUGGUACAUUGUGCUUUUUAAAAUCAUGCUGUCCUUAGAUAAGCCACUGUGAGGCAGAACCUGCCAACAGUGUGAUUAAGAUAGGGCUGUUAAUGACUGGCUAAUUAUGAGCCUUUGCUUCCCCAGUUACCCUGCUACAAAGAUGUUUGCAUUUAAUCUAGCACAAGAGGCUCAGCAAUAAGCAACAAGGAGGUUUAAAAAACCUUAAAUACUGAAAGUGCAGUUUUUAAAAAACUUUGUUUUGCUUAUUUUACAGUGCAGAUUAAAUAAAAUAAAUAUUGAAUUCCUCAACAUGCAUUUAUCGAGGAAUUCAAGCCCUGCUUGCUACAGCAUGUUGGAGACUCAUUCAUGCUGUCACACAACUGCUAGGUCAGUUCUUCAAUUGCUUUAGUAGCAUGUUUACCACUUCUCUAAGCAGUUCUGGCUGGGUUUCAAAUACAGCAGCCAUGUGCAUGGGGCAUACUGAAUUGUUAUUAGGGCAAGCAACAAUACCAUUCAAGAAGUGCAAGAACUGUCCCUAGGUUUCCAUAAAAGGUGGAACAAUGGGAUUGGAAACACACUUUACCUUUUUGCUUUGAUAGAGUAUAUCAUCCAGUUAUCACGGGAACAGUCCUGUCCCAUAUUUUAGCAAUAUGACUGUAAAACAUAACUUUUACCAGGGAUCUCUUAAAAAAUACGCACACAUCUAUUUCUCUACAAAAAUGAGACUUUUCAUAGUUCAUAUUUGGUCCUUUCCCAUUUUUCUUUCCUUAGACACCCAAUAUCUCACUAUAUGCUCUGUUUGGUCUUAAAUCACAGAGGAAUCUAAAUGGGCCACACCUGUCUCUUUGUAUCAGCAGGGUUUUAGCGUUCCGUUCUUUUUUGGAAACCAACACCUGCUAACUAGCUGAAGCACAGUAGGAGUAAUUGCUGCUCUUUUAUUCUGAUGCAGUCUGCCUGGGUUAGGAUUCCAAAAACCUUUACAAUAUACCUUUUCCUAUGCAUAGCUCGAUAAAGAGUGGCUCUGACAACUUACACCAACAGGUAUGUUCAAAAAUUUGAAAUGUUUACACACAAUGAGCAGACCUAGAUCCAGUUGCAUGAACUUUCCACCUCCUUUUGUGUACGUUUUGAUAAGUCUAACACUGCAUUUAAACUGAAAAUGGACAUUUUUCGUAGUGUAGUGCAUCAGUUUAUCUCGGCUUCCUCAAUCUCGGCCCUCCAGAUGUUUUGAGACUACAGUUCCCAUCAUCCCUGACCACUGGUCCUGCUAGCUAGGGAUCAUGGGAGUUGUAGGCCAAAAACAUCUGGAGGGCCAAGGUUGAGGAAGCCUGGUUUAUCUCCUUGGAAAACAGUACCUUUUGCACAGGAAGAGGCCACUGAAAAGAAGCAAAACAAAUAUUUUCCUGUUACCUAAAAUAUAUAGGUUGGGAUCCAAAGAGCUACCUUGGGCAGAUACAAGGCUUGACCUCUAGGAUUUGUAAGUUUGAGCAGCAGUCGUCUCAUGGACUGCUUUUGAAAGUGCUCUCCAUUUCCAAAAUGGUAUGCUAUGUAGCAGUGCUAUUUUUCUAGAAAAAGAGGUUCCGGAACUCACCAUGAACGCCUCCCUCUUUCUCUUAGAAUAGCAAAGGCACCCAUCUGAGAGGUGCUGGAACUGAGUUUCGGUGAGUUACCCCUGAAAAAAGCCUUGCUAUGUGUCAUGGUAGGCUGUUGCUUGAGGAACAUGUACUCACAGCCCCCGUGGAUACGUAUAACUUGUGUAAUUAUUUCAUUGCCAGACAUUGUACGUGCAUUACAUACGUAAGGCACAAUCCAGCCAGAGUUUAUCAUUUUUAAAUUUGUUGAGUUUAAUGCGUGAAGCAUUCCCCUGCUGAAAUAAAAUCAAUGGGCUUGAUUAUGCUUAUACUUUUUUUAAAAAAAGUUGGAAGUUAAAGUUGGAAGUUGGAAGGAAAGGGACUAAAAGACAAAAGAUGCAAUGUGUUUAGAGAAAAGAAUUAUUUGGCAUUCAGUUAUAAACUUAAUCUUCUCAGUCACAAUUUUGCCUAAUGAUCCUGCCAAAUUAUUUGAAAACAUUUCUGUUGCCUAAUUCAGCUGCUCUGUUAGCGCUUAACAAUAGUUCUGUGUAUAGGAGUCUUCCUCUUUCCUCCUUUUGGUGCAGUUAUAAAGAGAAUACGCAUCUCCUUUUUCAACUAGCAGCUGCUUGCUGUUAGGAUCAAGCCCCAGGAACUGUGGUUAGUGUUAACAACAGUGUAUUCAAAACAACCCAGGAUCACUAACCAUGGCCAGUUACCUGAAAAUGAAAGCAAAAAUGUCCUGAUCUCCUCCUUAUAACCAUGCUGACAAAGGAGAAGGCCCUUAAAAUAAAAAGCAGGGGACUGAAGGGUAGGGUGUUGCAAUGAUACUCAAAUUUUCUAUUUCCCUUGCUGAAAUACCCCUUGCUCAUGGGGGUUGGGCUUUGAUGACAUACAUUUGGUGUUGGGACAAAGAAAAUGUUUGGGACUGCUGCUGACUGUGCCACCUGCCUUUAGUCUCGCAGUGGAAUGGGUUGAAAGUUGGACACAGUGUUUUGCAGUGGUUCUGCUCUUACCUGCAGGGCCAGGUCUAGAGAGUAAAUACUUCAGCUCCCUGGCAGUUAUGCUGUAGGAUGCUGCAAGGCUCUAUCUUGUCUCCAGUGGUGUUCAACAUAGGUACAAAACUGUCAGGGGCAGUCAUCAAGAGCAGGGGUCAGCAACCUUUUUCAGCCGUGGGCCGGUCCACCAUCCCUCAGACUAUGUGGUGGGCCAGACUAUAUUUUUUUUGGGGGGGGGGAUGAACGAAUUCCUAUGCCCCGCAAAUAACCCAGAGAUUCAUUUUAAAUAAAAGCACAUUCUAGUCGUGUAAAAACACGCUGAUUCCUGGACUGUCCGCUGGCUGGAUUGAGAAGGCGAUUGGGCCACAUCCGGCUUCUGGGAUUUAGGUUGCCUACCCCGAUCAAGAGGUUUGGAGCCCAACUUUAUUCCUCUCUUACAUCUAAAUCAAGUGUGGCUCUGCAAGUCCUUAAUAGUUGACUGGGUGCUGUCCAGUAAGCAGAGGCAAAGUCUUGAUAAGACAGUUUCCUUGUCAGUGGGUGGGUGGCUCCUGUCUCUUGGAAUUAGGUGGUUUUAAUGGGGUUGUCACCACCCAAAGGAAAAGGUGCACAGUGUGAGGUAUGCCUUGAUCCACUAUUGAUGCUGGAGGUCUAGGUGGCCAACCACACUGGUUAUUAACACGUUUUAUCAUCUAUCUACCUGCUCACUCAGAUCUUCCAGUGAAGUUCUUCUGCUUGAGUCCAACUUGUGACAGCCAGGAGGAUUUUCUGUCCUGUUACUUCUAAAAGCUCCCCUAUUAGAUAUAUGAGAUAUAAGGUAAAUCCCUAGUGCUCUUGGUUCUUGGCACUUGCUUAAAAGUUUACUUUUUCUCCUGGACCUUUGUUGGUGAUUAAUACCAGUGUGUGGAGUUUAUCCUGACUGCUGCAUUUAUUCUAUUCUGAAAGUUUUAUUGAACUACAUUGCGACAUCUAUGAAAGCUAAUAUAAAUUAUUUUACAUAGAUAAAUAAAUGUUUUUUAUUUACCUGCUUUAACUAUUAAGCUCAUUGCUCUGAGUUCUUGUGAUUGGAGAGGAGGGGGCAGGCAGGAGAAAUCCCUGUAAUCUCCAAGAGAAUUUGGAAGGAGGACUCAAAUGUGUAGCGGCUGGCAUUGUGAAAGAAAAGGAAGUAUCUAGUGACUAGAUCAGGUCGCCAGGAAGAUUACUCCCUGGAAGGUUGUAUUGUGCUCUCAGGAAGUUAAAACAUUAACUGUGUUAACAUGAGAACAAAGGGUUUUUUCCAUUCCAAAGGAAGAAACUAAUAGAUAUAACAGACAAAAUAGUGUAUUAGCAAAAAAGGACAAAUUGUUCAAGGGUAAUGCCCUAACACCUACCGGUAUAAUAUUUAUCCCUAUUUCUUUCUUAAAUUCAGAAGAAACUGAAAUAGCUGGCUUUUGACACAGUAUGCUUUGUGGGUAGGAGGAAGAGGUGAGAUGUAUUGUCUGUAUUGCAGCCUUGCCCAACCUGUGGUGCCUGGGGCUGAUGGUGGCUCUUUUCAAACUCUAAAGCGUGCAGAGGCUACCAGGUUGGCGAAGGAUGCUGUACUGAGUAGUAAUUGUGACUUCAGCUCUCAUGAGUUAGUGUACUGUAGUACUGGGUGCUGUUUGAGUGUUGUUGUUGUUUAGUUGUUUAGUCGUGUCCAACUCUUCGUGACCCCAUGGACCAGAGCACACCAGGCACUCCUGUCUUCCACUGCCUCCCGCAAUUUGGUCAAACUCUUGUUGGUAGCUUGGAGAACACUGUCCAACCAUCUCUUCCUCUGUCAUCCCCUUUUCCUUGUGCCCUCAAUCUUUCCCAACAUCAGGGUCUUUUCCAGGGAGUCUUCUGUUCUCAUGAGGUGGCCAAAGUAUUGGAGCCUCAGCUUCAUGAUCUGUCCUUCUAGUGAGCACUCAGGGCUGAUUUCCUUCAGAAUGGAUAGGUUUGAUCUUCUUGCAGUCCAUGGAACUCUUAAGAGUCUCCUCCAGCACCAUAAUUCAAAAGCAUCCAUUCUUUGGCGAUCAGCCUUCUUUAUGGUCCAUCUCUCACUUCCAUACAUCACUACUGGGAAAACCAUAGCUUUAACUAUACGGACCUUUGUUGGCAAGGUGGUCUCUCUGCUUUUUAAGAUGCUGUUUGAGUAGCAGAUGUCAAAACCUUACACAGCUAUGAAGCAACCUUGUGUCAACCACUUCUUAGUCUGCUCUGCCUCACAGGGGGGGAAAUCAGCCCUAUGGUUCCUUUAAGACUUAAAAGAAUUUAUUAUGGCAUAAGAUUUCAUGAAGUUGGGUCUGCUUCAUUGGAUCCAUGAAGUGAUUGUUGUGAGGAUAAAAUGGCAGAAAACCCAUAUAGUCUGGAUUGAAUUCAAAGUUUCCAUGCCAUUCGCAGAAAAGGAGACUUUUAAUGAGCGGGGCAAAAAAACUUUGGAUUCAAUAAACUGCCUGAGCUAUUUGGAGGAAGACUGAAGUAGAAUGCGGUAUCAAAGGAGGUAUUCUUUUUCAUGAUCCAGGUGUUCCAUUCUUACAGAAUCUACAAUUUGCACAAUUUUCAUUUGCAAAAAAACCAGAUUCCUUUGUUUCUUAAAUAUUGAGUUAAUUAUACUGUGCAAAUGUGCACCUCUUUUCCAUUACUUGCAUUUUGAGAUGUCAUUUUUGAAUGCCCCCUCUUCACUUGGAAAGUAGUAGUAUUGUGAACCUGCUCUCUGAUGUCUAUGCCAGCUUUCUACUUGUGUUGUUUUGUUGUUUAGUCGUUUAGUCGUGUCCGACUCUUCAUGACCCCAUGGACCAGAGCACGCCAGGCACUCCUGUCUUCCACUGCCUCCCACAGUUUGGACAGACUCAUGUUUGUAGCUUCGAGAAAACUGUCCAACCAUCUUGUCCUCUGUCGUCCCCUUCUUCUUGUGCCCUCCAUCUUUCCCAGCAUCAGGGUCUUUUCCAGGGAGUCUUCUCUUCUCAUGAGGUGGCCAAAGUAUUCUACUUGUAUUCUAAAGUAUUCUACUUUCUACUUGUAGGGCACAUUAAAAUAAGCCACCAUCACCCCUGAAUUGCAGUUGGAAGUGGUGCAUCCCAUACUAUCACUUCAGGGCUCAAGCACUACAUUCUCACCUUGUUCAUAUAUAUACACUAAAUCGAUAAUUACAGGCAUUUUUCUCUUUGUGUGUGUGUGGAUAAUAGCCUUUAUUUAAUAAUUUAAAAAUAAUCUUUAAAAGUCUGUGUGACCAGAAAAUGUGUGUAUUGCACAGCGACUAUCAUAGGCCUGCUGCAGAAGAGUGGGUAAAACUUGUUUCGCGCACAUGCAUGUCCUUUAUUUGAUAGUUGCAACAUUAAGUGAUUGAUUACUUCUGAUUUAAUAGAGUAUCACAGAUAAAACUUCAGUAUCUUUCCAUAUAAUAAAAAUGUAAGAAUGUCAUUGCAUGCAGGCCACAUUGUAGUGCCACAUCACAAUCCCAGUUUUACAUGAAGUCAGGGUGGGGUAGAAGCUACAACAGGAAAAGUGAUAGUUUAAAACAAUGGCAGAAGUUUGAGUAAAGUGAGGGUGGCGAUACACUGAGAGGAAGAAAGUGGCUACAACUUAGUUGAAGUAUAUACCGGUAUGUGUGUGUGUGUGUUAGGAGGUUAGUCUGGCAUUCCUUUUUUCAAGGCACUACUCUAGCCAAAAUACAGCAUUUAACAUUAAUUUAUAUAAACAUUUCUAUCAAAUAUUUCAGCAACCUGAGCUAUCUUCAUAGAGUUUGACAAUUUGAAUAAUAAAGCCUUCAGUUUAUUAAAUAGCGCUUGCAAGUAAUAUUGAUUAUUUCUUUCUUUGUGUUCAGACUCAAAACCAAUUGUUUCCUUCAGUUUGCCUUGUGGGAGCAUGAAAUUAGGAACAUAUGCAUGCUAAUUAACAACAUAUGAAGGAUAAAUUGUGAUUGCUGUCUUGGUCUGGUGCACAGGCUAUGCUUUGCGGGGUAGUGAUUUCCUACCUCCAAGACCCAAUCUAUAACACUGGUCAACAACAAAUUUGUUGUCUGCGUUUUUUCAGCUGAUUUAGGACGAAACUGAUGCACUGAAUCCAAAAAUCACAUUGGUUUUGCUCAAUCAGGUCAAGUUUUUUAGUUAUGGCCACAUGUCGUUUUUUUACAUUUUUGUUCACAUGUACGCUUGUGUGGAGCAUUUUAGAAGUUGGUGCGGGUAAAAUGCCACAUCGAAUAAUUGUUUUGAUUGGAAAUGAUUAUUUUAAUGACAAGAAGUAUUCAGGUCCGAUAGUUCUGGGUGAUUAUGUCGAAAAGGGAUCAGUUUGAAGUCAUAAAACCUCGAAAUCUUCCAUAAAUUGGUGUGGCAAAGCAUAAAGUUGGGGGAUCAAAACCCCUGGCUCACUUGAGUACACUGAAGGAGAACUAUGAAGCGGUGAAGUAUGUGCUGGAGAAAAUUAUGAUCAGCAUAAGUGGUUUAUUUGUGUUGACCUGAAGAUGGUGAACUUUUUGUUGGGACAACAGUCUGGCUUCACCAAGUACCCAUGUUUUCUGUGCAUGUGGGAUAGUAGGGACCGUGCUCAGCAUUACACGAAGAAGGACUGGCCUGUGCGGGAGGAAUUGGUGCCUUGCAGAGAAAGGAACGUCAUCAACGACCCUCUGGUGGACAGAGACAGAAUACUCUUCCCACCACCACACAUCAAGCUCGGUUUAAUCAAGCAGUUCACCAAGGCUCUGGACAAGGAUGGUGACUGCUUCACUUACUUGUGCCAGGCUUUUCCAGGAUUGACCAUGGAGAAGUUGAAAGCUGGCAUCUUUGACGGUCCUCAGAUCCGUCAGCUCAUCAGAGAUCCAGAGUUCAGAAACUCAAUGAACGAAGUGGAACUGGAAGCGUGGAAGGCAUUUGUUCUGGUAGUGAAGAACUUUCUUGGCAACAAUAAGGCCAGAAACUACGCAGAACUUGUCAACAACAUGCUGACUGCUUUCAGAAACCUGGGCUGCAACAUGAGCGUCAAGAUGCACUACCUAUUUUCACAUAUGGACCGGUUUCCUGAGAACCUGGGUUCAAUGAGUGACGAGCAGGGGGGAGAGAUUCCAUCAGGACAUGAAAGAGAUGGAGACCAGGUAUCAGGAUCGCUGGGACGCAGUCAUGAUGGCUGACUACUGUUGGACUCUGAAGAGAGACCUCCCUGCCGCUGAGCAUUCCAGGAGUUCCAAGAAACGGAAGUUCAAGCCCUGAAGUUUGAAAAACGGUGAAGCAACAUGCAAUUUACGUGUACUUACCUUUAUCAAUGCCCACCAUUCAGUUUACAGUAAUCAAUUUUUCUAUCAGGUAAUCAAUAUAUGUUGUUGGAAAAACAUUUUUUUCUCUUAAAAACAUAUUUAGGAUGAUAUGUGUUGACAAAAAUCAGCUGAUAAUGCCACAAAAAUGUAAUUGAUUUUGUCACAAGAUCUGAUUUUUUCCAAAUCAACAUAGCACAAAAACCGGACCUGAUGGAGAGAAACAGAUGCCAUCUCCUGAUUCAGCAGUGCAAAAAUACCCUAAAUCAGUUGUAGAAAUCUAGACAACAUUCAAAAAGUAAAAAAUUGUUGCCCAGUGUAAUUAGUGCAGGCACAGAUCUAGGUGUUUAAUAAGGAUGUUAAAACUGAUGGCAUGUCUUUGUGCCUGUCUCUCCACAUUAUUUAAUUUUUGUGACUUUACAUGGGAUGGAUUUGUAAUAUUGGAAUGGGUCUAGAGUUUACACCUUUUCUUUUUGAAGAGUCUGUUUGAUGUAACUUGAGAUCCAUCUUGCAUAGUCAAAAUACGCUUCAUUGUGAUAAAUCUCAAUCUCUUGUUGAGUUUUCUUUGGAUGGUUGUUUGUUGUUGGACUAUUGUUCUUUCAUUGUUGCUCUAAUCUGAAAAAGAAAUCACACACACACACACACACACACACACACACAUUAUGGGAAGUAUAACAUCUGAAGUGUAGAACUGCAGCUUUGGGCUCCUUUAGAAACAUGGGAUACUAUUUGUGGCAAAUCUGAAAGUACAAAAUAACAGAGACAUUUUCUGAUAUUGGGCCUUAGGAAAACAUUGAUCACAUAAAUUAAUCAGUUCUUUUUCCUGAUUGAUAAAGGUAGGAAUUAUUAGUAAUUCACUGACUCACUACAUAUUGGUUAGAAAGGGGACCUGAAUUAAGCUGCUAUAGAUAAAUUCCCUCCUGAAAUGAAUCAUAGAAUCAUAGAGUUGGAAGAGACCACAAGGGCCAUCGAGUCCAACCCCCUGCCAAGCAGGAAACACCAUCAGAGCAUUCCUGACAUAUGGUUGUCAAGCCUCUGCUUAAAGACCUCCAAAGAAGGAGACUCCACCACACUCCUUGGCAGCAAAUUCCACUGUCGAACAGCUCUUACUGUCAGGAAGUUCUUCCUAAUGUUUAGGUGGAAUCUUCUUUCUUGUAGUUUGGAUCCAUUGCUCCGUGUCCUUAUGAGAAGCCAUAAGCAACACCUUUUAUUGAAAAAAUGCUGUAUAAUUUCAUUUGGCAUUCAAAUCGAGAAGCUGGAAUGUGAAUAAUUCCUUAGGCUCUAGCCAACUUAACUCCUUUCCCAUGUUUCUUCACUUUGUUUCUGAGUCAGUAGCUGCUCUAGAGAGUAAGUUCAGUGAACAAAGUCAGGGAUUUCCUGUUGUGGGCCCUGAAAUGGUUUAUGCUUAAGGAUCUUUGCCUUUCUCAGGUGACUGAAACUUGGUUUUGUGCAUGAUUCACUGGCUUAGGGGUUAGCAAGUCUAGAUAAAUUAUUAAUACUGAUCCAGCACCUCUUAAAUUUAAUGGGAACUUUGCUUUAGAUCUCUGAUUCCGGAAGCUCUUAUUUGGCAAGGAAUGCAAAACCAUUAUUUUUUACUUUGGACACUUAUAAUUAAUCGUGGGUUACAAGUCAUGUCCAUUGGAAAUAAAUGUUCCUCCUCCUCCUCCUCCUUCUCUGGCGAUCACUCGUAGCCGAGUAAGACUGUCUUCCAUAAACACUGUUUUAACAAUGAGUCCAUAAGUGACUGUGGAGGCCAAUUCUGGAUCCACACGUCCUUCCACAGUGGGGACAUUGGUUUCCGGGCGGGAGUUGAUCACAGUGUGGAUUUGCCAAGAGUGCCUUCCUCUUAGCACGUUUCCCCAUUACGUCCUGAGUUCGAAUGUCUUCAAAGCCCCAGGAUACCUUUGGUAAAGGCUGUUCUCCAACUGGAGCGCUCACAGGCCAGUGUUUCCCAGUUGUCUACAUUUUUUUAGAUUUGCCUUGAGACAGUCUUUAAACCUCUUUUGUUGACCACCAGCAUUACCCUUUCCAUUUUUAAGUUCAGAAUAGAGUAGUUGGUUUUGGAAGACGAUCAUCAGGCAUCCACACAACAUGACCAGUCCAACGAAGUUGAUGUUGAAGAAUCAUUGCUUCAACACUGAUGAUCUUGCCUUCUUCCAGUAAACUGAUAUUAGUUCACCUGACUUCCCAAGUGAUGUGUAAAAAUUUUCGGAGACACCGUUGAUGGAAUAUUUCGAGGAGUUGGAGAUGGCGUUUAUAAGUGGUCCAUGUUUCACAAGCAUAUAGUAAGGUUGGUAGUACAAUCGCUUUGUAAACAAGCAUUAUGGUUUCCAUGCGAAUGUCCUGGUCCUCAAACACUCUGCACGUCAAUCGGGAGAAAGCUGCACUCACAGAGCUCAGGCAGUGCUGGAUUUCGGCAUCAAUGUUGGCCCUUGUGGAAAGAUAACUGCCUAGGUAGGAGAAGUGAUCAACAUUUUCCAACAUUACACCAUUGCGUUGGAUUUGUGGCGCUGCAGAGGGGUUAUUUUGUACUUGUUGGUGCAGCACUUUGGUUUUUUGGAUGUUGAGUGUUAGGCCAAGCUUUUCGUAAGCUUCUGCAAAGAUAUUUAGGAUGGUUUGGAGGUCAUCCUCUGAGUGUGCACACACUACGUUGUCAUCAGCAUACUGAAGCUCUAUGACGGAAGUUACGGUAACCUUACUCUUUGCUUUCAGCCUGCUCAGAUUGAAGAGCUUUCCAUCUGUUUGAUAUAUGAUUUCUACUCCGGUGGGGAGUUUCCCUUCGACAAAGUGUAGGACCAUGGUAAUGAAAAUAAUGAAUAGAGUUGGGGCAAUAACACAACCCUGUUUAACACCUGAUCCCACUGUGAAAGGUUCACUUUGAGAGCCAUUGUUAUCUGUGAUUGUUGCUGUCAUAUUAUCAUGGAGGAGCCGAAUGUUUACGAAUUUAUGGUUCAGUGAACUAUGGCUAGUUUACAACCAUACAUGCAUAUACUGAUGAGAUAUAAGACCUGGUUAAUAUUAUUAUUGCUCUUAAUAUUUCUCAGAUGACUUGUUUGAAAAAGAUCAAGGAGACUUCCAGGAAAAAGUACACAAUAUAAAACAAAACAAUUUAAAAAGCAACAAUUCAUUUAAUACAAAAAACCCUAUUGUUUUGUGCCCCAUAAAAAUGGACAGAGUCAAUUUAGCUGCGUUACAGAAAGGUACACUCUCUUGAUGGUUUUUUUCUUGUUGAAUUUGAUCUUUGGCAAAAUUCUACAACUCUUUGUGGCUUCACAGUAAGGUACAAUUUGUACCAUAGGUUCUGCUGCCUGAUUUCAAUCGUUUGCGCUUUGAAUCUGCAUGGAUUGGCCUUCAUGAAAUUGACCUCUUUCUGUGUACCAGUUACUGAUUAUAUCCAUUUAUUAGCCUUUACAAGUAAUUUCUUCACACUGUUUACAUAACACUAUCAUUUAUCAUUCUAUGUUAUAGACUUUCAACUGCAUUGUUGUUUGCAAGCUUUUGUAGUUAGUAUUUCAACUUCUGUUAAGCUAGCAUACUCCUAAAACUCAGAGGAUUGUUUCCCACUCAAUGAAACUUGGGGUCAAUUCAUUUUUGUGUGUGUGUUACCUCUCAGUUCUGGUGUGUAGACCAAAGGAUUUUUAUAGCAAAAGCCCCAGGCAAGAGAGACUUGCUUUUCAGCAAUAAUCGGAACAAAUUAAAAGCUGCCCAUAAGUUCAACUAAUGUUAGUGGCUAAUUGACAGGCUGUGCAGUCCCGAGGCAAUACAUUUACAUUUAUAGUUAAAGUAAGAUAUACCUGAAACAAGUCUUAAUUGCGAGCUAAUUAAAUAGUGUAGCUGCGUGGUAGUUUGAAUUUCAAGCCCAUGUGUCUGUAGGUGUUUUAUUAAACUCAUAUGCUUGGGGAACAAAGUAGUAUGCUUUCAAGUUCAAAGCUUAUAAAGGAAAUGACCAUAACAGAUAGGCACUUAUUAGUUUAGCCAUUGGCCAAUUUAAGGUCCUUAUUCAUUAGUUAGGCCUCUGGCUGUGUUGCAGAGGCUUGGGGCCAAAUAGUAUAUACCUGGCACUUUCAUCCUGAAUACCAAAAAAAUAAUAACUAAAAUAGCAACAUUUCAAGUGGGCCUCAUUUGCAAAUAAAUUGCAAUUGUUGUUCUUAGGACUUCUGGCAGCAGGUCCUGUUCGAAUGACUCACAACAAUACUUCACUUAUGCUUUCAUGUUGGAAUACUUUUGAAAAUGUAUUUAUUUUCUUUCGUUUAUCUUCCACCUUUCUUCCAUCAACUCAACAAAGUUAUGAAAAGGGUUGAGAUAGAAUUCUGUACUUACAAAUUGGGAAUAAUAGCUAACUAAAUUAGUUGAAGUCAUUCAGAAAAGAGUUGGGACAAAUGGUAUAGCAUUUAUAAAGUUCUCAGUAUAUUGCAAAACACUAGCCAUUAAAGUAGUAUAAAGAGGCAUUCAUAUCCAGAUUGAAAACAUAGUGUAAACAAACUCAGCCCUUAAUAGUCAUUCAUGAUUUGGGGCCAGUCACUGUCUCUCAGCCUAACCAACCCUCAGGGUUUUUGCGAGCAUAAAAUCAGAAAGGGGAGGACCAUAGACACCAGCUUGAACUUCUUGUAGAGAUUGUGGGAUAUAACUGUAACCAAUAAAUAUUUUCAAAACAUUUAAUUUUGAUAAGCUGCUUUUUAGGGCUAGGACCUAACGAAAAACAUGACUGCUCCCAAACAACCCUGGGAACUGUUAAGAUUUCUGAAAAUUGUAGCUCUGUGGGGCAAACUACACUUCCCAGGACUAUUUGCAGGAAGCCAGGUGCUUUCAGUCUUUGGUGUAUGCACAAGCUUUUCUGCUAGGCUUUUGAUUUAUUUUAAUUACUACCUGCUCUAUUUUGCGCACUUGGUGUUUAAAUGUUCUCUUUUGUCAUUCUUUGGUAUUUUAAAGUUCUGAAUCGCCUGGGGCAGGAAGUUAAAGGCAGAAAAACAGUACAUAAACCAACAGAAGUGAAAUGGAUAGCACCGUGCUACCUAAGUAUGGUGGUAGCACAUUUUGAAAGGUCAGUUCUUCUGACUCUGCUUGGCUUGGUGUAUAGCUGUUGUGGUUUUAAAACACACACACACUCACACACUGCUCAGCCCAACACAUUAAAGAAGCCUUUCUGCACCAUUCAGAGACCGAUAAUUCUCCUCAGGGUGCCUCCUGAAGCAAAAUCACUUCUUCACGCUGCUGCCUGGCAGGGCCAGACCCCCACAGGAGCCAUGUGCUGAGGCAGUUAUGAAUGCAGAAUACUUUAACCUGAGGAGGCUGACAAAGAGGAUCUUUGAUAAGCUGCACAUGUUGACUCAAUGCUGCAUUGUCAUGUAUAGAGGGGAUUGUGAGAAUGGGCAUUGCUCUUGACACCAAAUAGUAUUCAGUGUUGCAGUAUAGCUCACCUUGUUCUUUCUCCUUUUUCAGCAGUGUGUUUUCCUACUAACUAGGCCCUGGAAUUAUCAUCAGAGGAUUGAUGCAGAUUGUAUGGUGCUUUCACACAGCAACUAAUUCAGUCCUGACCACUAUGGCCUAUGUUCUCUGUGGCAAGCGCUCGUAACGUAAAGUGGAUGAGUUUACCAUAGGCCAACAACAAACCCACUAUAGUAAAAACAUUUCCCCCACCCUUUUUGUGGCUGGCCUGUGUUCUUGUUUAGUAGUAAAUGACUGAAAAGGUUUUCAUCUGCUUCUAACAAGGCAUAAUUUAGCGACAACAGAAGAGACUACUGGGAGGUAAUUUUGCCUCCUUCCUGUUUCAGGAAACCUUUUUAAACUUGAUAUGCUCAAACCUAAAGAUAAGAUAAGCAAAUGAAAAGGCAACUAGACAGGGUAGCCAGAUUACAAGGUGCACUCUGAAAGCACUAAACAGUAUCUGUUUUGAUCCUUUAAGUAGCAGUUUACAUCUCCUUAAAAGAGAUUUGACUCAGAUGCUAAUUACAGCCGGAUGCAUUGUUUCCCCUUCCCUACACCUGCUUUUGACUUUUAAAGUUGGUGAGCAACACUGCAGGUUUAUACAUGCUUCUGAUGAUACAGAAUCCUUUUGUUUAGUGCAGCACUGUUACCAAACAUGGCCUCCUGCAAAUUUGCAGGAGCGUGUCUAAUCGAGACACACUAUGUUUUGCAGUUGCUUAAACCCCUAUGAAGGACUGGGGGAUAGGCCAUAGCUGAAUGGUAUGUGUUUUUCACCCCAGGUUCAGUCUCUUGUUACAGUGGUACCUUGGGAUGCGAACGGGAUCCGUUCCGGAGCCCCACUCGCACCCCAAAGCGAACGUAACCCGUGUCCGCGGGUCACGUUUCAGCGCUUCUGCGCAUGCGCGUGACAUCAUUUUGAUGGUCUGCGCAUGUGCGCGCGGCGAAACCCGGAAGUAACGCGCUCCAUUACUUCUGGGUCGCCACGAAGCGCAACCCGAAUUUGCCUAACCCGAAGCAUAUUCAUCCCAAGGUAUGACUGUAUAAGGUUUUUUAGGUAGCAAGACUGAGAGAGAUUCUAGAGAGCCACUGUACCAUCAGGAUAGACCAGGGGUGGAAAUGCUUUUUUGCCUGCGGGCCAUCACAUGUAGCACUGGAAAGACACACUUGUCGGCUGGCUGUUGAAGCAUCCAACCUGGAUGACAGCCCAAGAUGCAAGUAGCUGGUUAUACUACACACUGCAUUGGAGCCACUUGAUACUACAGUGGAACCUUGGUUCUCAAAUGUAAUCCGUUCCGGAAGUUCAUUCGACUUCCAAAACGUUCAAAAACCAAGGCGCAGCUUCUGAUUGGCGCAGGCGCCCUGGAAACAAUAGCCGACAACAACAUCGGACAUUCCGGUUCUGAAAAACGUUUGAAAACUGGAACACUUAUUUCUGGGUUUUCGGUGUUCAGGAGCCGAAAUGUUUGAGUACCAAGGCGUUCGCUCGAGAACCAAGGUUCCAAUGUAAAACUUGUCCUUCUGUUGCUAAGACAGUAGAGACACAAUUGUCCCCAAAGCAAGACCAAUAUCUUUCACACGGCUACUGAAACCCACAACUGUGACUUGCAUAGCUUGUUGCUCCUGCUUUAUAAGAAGAGGACUGAAUGGAGCCUGAGGAAGAGAUAGCGUGACUAUGCAUUUCUCUUGCUUGCCUAUGUAGAAACCACUGACUCCUGUUUGGCUGCUGGAAGGUAGUUCCACCCCUUGCCCUGUCUACCACUGACAUAUGGCUCCGGAAGAUUACAGUGGUACCUCGGGUUACAGAGUCUUUUAACCCAGAAAUAAUACCUUGGGUUAAGAACUUUGCUUCAGGAUGAGAACAGAAGUCGCGCGGCAGCGGCAACAGGAAGCCCCAUUAGCUAAAGUGGUCCUCAGGUUAAGAAUGGACCUCCGGAACAAAUUAAGUUCUUAAACCGAGGUACCACUGUACAUUUGAGUGAAUGUGACUCUCAGACUAGAAAAGUUUCUCCUUCUCUGCUUUGUAACCAUACACCUAUUAGCAUACAUCCCUUGGGAGGAACUUACAGAGGACUGCUGAGUAAUAAAUAAUAAUUGUAUCUCACUGGGAUUCCUGUACAUGUUUUGUGAGCACAAUUAGUAUUCGUUCGUAACCUAAUACUACCAGAAGUUUGAUUUUCCAUGUUUUAUUCAUUUUAUUUUAUUUAUUGCAUUUAUAUCCCACCUUUUUCUCAGAGGAGCUGGGGGUGGUGUACAUGGUUCUCCUCCUCUUCAUUUAACCCCCCACAACAACCUUGUUAGGUAGGUUAGGCUGAGAGGCAGUGACUGGCCCAAGGACACCCAGUGAGCUUGAUAGCUGAGUUGGGACUUUAGUGGGGCCUCUCAGGUCCUAGUCUAACGCUCUAACCAUUACUCACACCACAUGGCUUUAGAAAAUAUGGAAUGCUUUUAAAAUUGGCAUCCUGUUAAAAUGGAUAACAGUUUUCCUCUGAGCUGGUAAGAGUAUUUGGCAUCUUAAAGCAAUGCUUGAACAGUAAAAUCCCAAGCCAGUAAAUAGUCAUAAUUGGUCAGGUAUUAGUGCUUUAUAAACAGUGAAUGUCUGAUCAGCAGCUGAUUUAAAUUUUAACGUGGAAUGGCUGGAAGCUGAAAUGCAGGAUCACUCAGAACAGUUCUCCAAUACAUUCCCACAGGAUGAAAAGCCUCUUAAAGUGAAAAACAAACUUUUAGCCUGGAGUUCCUAACCUAAAUUCACUUGUGUUGCAACUCUGUAGGAGGUAGGGAAUGAAUUUAAUCCAUUGAUUGUACUGAGAGAAUAGAAAACCGUGCUUGGUUUUCCUACCACAAUUAUAGAGGCCAAGAAUAGUGCUGAGGGGUGGUUUAAAGAAGCUGCCCAGGCAGGUUUUGCAAAAGCUUUGUGAAAGAAAGGAAAUAGUCAACUGUAGUUAGAUAAUAUAGCUAUUAUUUUCAUUAUUCAUUCUUGAGUAUCAAUUUUUAGUGGUAGUACAAGAUGUACAAAGUGUUGGAACAAGGGUAGAUAUUCUAUGUAGGCUGCAAAUUCAGAUGUCUGAAAAUGCAGUUUUCUUUACUGAAGAGUCUUCAAGUGCUGAUGUGCCUCAUUCCCAAGUUAUGCUAUCACAGCAUUACUUUAAUCUCAGUUAAGCUUGUUCUAUGCGAUCUUUAUUUUAUUUACCUGAAGAAUAAGUGUGUGUGUGUGUAGCUAAUUUUUCACAUGUUCUUGAUUCUAUGUGUGCAACCUAAAUGCAUUAAAUAGCUAUCACAGUUGUAUGGAUUUCAUACUUGUACUUGGUUUCUUCCUGACUUCUGAUCUGGACAGGUACUCCUAACAAAAGAUCACUUGAAGCACAAUGCUUUCCAGUGGAGGCAAUUAACGUUCAGCUAAAGUCAUCAGAGAUGGAAGAGCCAAAUGAAUUCAUGUGUGAGCUAAGGCCAAGUUAUCUUCAAAUUCAAACUUUUCUCUUGUUUCUCUGUAGGCUUUAUCUCCAAUUGGAAAGAAUCCCGGAUUACUUAAUAUCACCUUUAAGUAUGACAGUAAGUUCUCCUUCCUGUUUCCUCUGGAAACACAUUUACUCAUUUCAUUUGUUAAUGUAUUAAAUGAGUUUUAAACACCAUGUAUUGAAGUAAUCUUUUUUUAAAAAAAAAUCAACAGUGAUAAUAGAGAAUUGUUGAAUUAGCACAUUUUAUUUAGUUAAUCUAAUUAUUUAGAGCAGAGUGGCUAAUCUCGCAGAUGUUGUCGAGCAUCAGCCUUAGCCAGCUUUGUCAAUGAUCUCAUCAUGGGAGUUAUAUUCCUGCAGGAUUUGGAGGGCCAGAGGUUAAUGCACCUAAUGUAGGCCUGUUACAGGUAACAACAUAAAAAACUGUGUAUGCAUAAUAUGUGUGUCUACCCAAAACUUGCCUCCCCAGCCAUUUAUUUCAUGUCAUUUAUAACCCACCUUUCUGCAAAACAAAGCAUUCAAAGCAGUGUACAAAGACAGUUUGUAACAACAAAGACGAUUAAAAUGAUAAAUCAAUAAAAAGCAACCUCACCAGAACAAAUAAACAAAACAGUAAAAUUCAGCGAGCUCUGGUAACUGAGGGAUGCCUGUUUGAAUAAGAAUUGUCUUAAGUUGCUCAUCUAGAAUGGAAAGAAGCCUGCUGGAUCUCACUAGGGAUGGUGCUUUAACUGUAGCAACACACUUGUUCACUGAGAAGAGAAUUAAAGGGCUUUAAGCUACUUACAUGCUAUGGCAUGCUUAUGCAAAUAAGGCAGAUGAUACUGGUUUUUACUGGAUCUUUGGUUGGGUUUUGGAAGAAAGGAAGUCCAAGGGAGCCAUUCUUGCAUACUCUCACUAUUGUAGUGAUACAGGGUAUUUCAUAACGACUACAGCCUUCCUCACCAUGAGGAAAUAACAGAGACUAGAGAGCCAGGCUACGAUCCACCCAUGUUUAACCCCAUAAAAGUGAAUAAUUUACAAUGUUAAUUCUUGCUGAAUUGUGUUUCCUUGUUAACAUUGGACCCUAUCUCAUAGUACAUAAAAUUUUGUCAUUAAUGGUUUAUUUCUAAUGUGGACCAUGGAUACCUUUUUCCCGCCUUUCCAUAGUCGGUAUUCUUAAAAGCUAUUUUCUGUCAAGUACAAAAGAUUUAUUUACCCGAGAUCUGUUCUUUGUUCUCCUGAAAAGAAAUCAAAAGUAAUGGAAUAAAAUUGUCAUUUUUCAGCAUACAGCCUUAGCAACAGGAAUCCAAAAAUGGAAAGCUAGCUAUUAAUUUGAUCCAGAUGUUGCAGGAAGCUCUUGCUCAAAACUUCCUAUUAAAAGACAGGUUUCUAUUUUUGCUAAUAGGAAGCACUUGCUGUCCUUCAUUUGAAUUGUGCAGCAGAAUAGGAGCUUUCACUAAUUUAUAGUUAUAUCACAGUGGUGAUCUCAGAGCAGUCAUUCUAGAGAACAGAAUUAUGAGGCUUGAUAGAUAGCAGGAACAUCUUCUGCAGAACUUUUUUUAAAAAAAGUAAGCUCGUGAAUGUGUUUUGCGUAAGGCCUGAAUUAAAUGUAUUUCACCCGAUUGUUCUUUCUUUAGACUGUACUCCUUAUUUGAGCUCACUGGGAAAGCAUGUAAUUGGUGAUGUACAGAACAUUACUAUUAGCCAGUAUGCAUGCUCUGAUCAAGUUGCCGUGACAAUACUGUGGACAGCAAAUCCCAUUGGUAAGUAGAAUAAAAAAGAAAUUGUGCUCAUGUGCCCUUUGUAGUAGCAAUUAGUUGAUGACUUCUGUUCAUGGACGCUUCAAGUAGAAUUGUUAUUGUCACCAUCCGGGUCUUCUCAAAUCUCCUGAAAUUAAUCCCCCUAAAAUUUGGGCUAGAAACUUGAGAAACUUGGUUAGGAAAAGAGCUGCAAGCUGUCCAAAUAAGCUAAACUAAGCACUCAAGCGUGAAGGACACUUAUUUGCAAUGUUUGAAAUGGUACUCUUGCCAUUUUUUAAAAAAUGGCAAGUUCUGUACAAUUGCUAAAUCUUUAAGAAGUCCUUUGAAAGAAGUUGGGAGCAUGUUUAACCCUCUCCCAUUAAAAUCACUGGUUCUUAAAGGUGCAUAAUUUGAUUCAUCCCCCUCUAGGUUAGAUUAUUUGUGCCUCUCCUGCUGUCCAUUUACAAUUGUGAUUUGAGACAUGCUUAAUUGGAAAUAGAUUUUAGUGAAUUCUUGUACCUGCUAAGAAUAAAGUAAGGAAAGUAUAAACAGCAUUAAAAACAAAAUUCAAUGCAGGGAUACACCUUACAGAACAAUUGUGUCUUUCAGUGUGUGUUUAAAUCUGUUAGCCUUUCAAAAGGGCUGAGGUCAUGAACCGAUUAUAGAAAUGUACUUUGCUGAAGAAUUAGUAAAUAUAUUUUGUGGAAAUAGAAAAAUGCCUAAAGCUUGAUAACAUGCAGCUUACCGCUGAUGAAUUUUGAAUUGAAAACAAUGAGCAGAUAGAGAGAAGGAAUGUGGAAGUGAUACUCAAUGCUUCGAAGAGUGCAGAGUUACUGAAUUGGUAAUCUGCAGCUGCAGGUUUGGCUGCAUCCAAUCUCCACGGGAUACAAAGCUUGGUGCUUUCUCUUGUAAUGAUCAGAGGUUAAUCCUUCUGAAAGCAUCAAGAGAGAACUGUAGUUGAAGGAUCUCAGGUAACAGGGAGCCCGUUAACUCUUCUCUUUCAUGGUCUAUAUGUUAGCACAAACACUGCUUUUGUUCCUCUAAAUAUUAAGAACACAGUGGGUGGCUCAUUUGUAUUUCCCAUUGCAAGAUCAUUUAGAGCCCUGAAAUAAGAUAUUUGUGUGUGUGUGUAUGUAUGCGUAUAUAUAUUUAUAUAGUUUCGAAACCUGCAUUCAAACGCAACAAAUAUCCAGAGUUAAACUAUGGUAAUCCAGUUUUGGUUUAAGUACUUUUGGACUAUGGGAGUGUCCCCCAGUCUUUAUAAACACACACACAGUUAUCAGGCGCUGUGCUUAGAUUCUCUUUUCACUUCAGCCUCUUACUCAGAAUCUGUUUUGUUCAUGAAUGGUAUAAGCACUGUAGAUUGCAAACUUAGCCUUUCUUCUGAAGUGUGUGUGAUUUACAAGAUUGUUUGUAGGCCAGUUAUGCAAAGCACGUUGUCUUAAAAACAAAAAGAAAAAAACCCCACCCUUGUUUCUGAGCCUUAUAACCAUUUUUAACAUGAUCCUCAUCCAAACCAAAUUUCAUCUGACGUUUUCAGUUGUUUUCAGAACUGUAGCUACUUUGAACACUUCUGAAAUUCAGUAGGUGUUUUGGACUUUCUUCCUGUCUCCAAGCUUGAGGCCUGGGGCUCUUUCAAGUUGAAUUGUACUUUGGAGGCACUGUUUGCUGUUCAUGAGAGGUGCUCUCAAGUGCUUCUCAGCACAUGCUCAGGGACACAGGCCUGGCAUCCAAAUGCCUUGGCUGUGUGCCAAGGUCAGACAACUUUUGUGGCUGCCUGCCUCUGAGCAGGAUGUAAGCGCAGCUUGUGCUUAUCAUCUAGCAAAUUUUUAAAAGUAAGGGCUACAUGUGCUAUUCUGUGCUACACGUGCUACAUCAAAAAAGAAAAAUACGGUUAUUUGCAUGUUGGCACCAGGCAUUUUAAUAUCACAGAGCCUCUUCCAGCAUUAGCUCAACGCUGUGGGAACCACUGUAGUGUGGCUUUUUCAUAUGAUGCACCAUUAACAUUAACACCAUUAACCAUUAAGUUUUUUUGGAGGGGAAGGUCACAUGGGAGGAACCAGCUGAUGAAUUUAUAUCCAUCGUAUAUAAAACACACAUACACAUCCAGCCUUUAAAUAUGUAUUUGAUUUUUGUUUAAAUAUAUGCAGGUAUUGAAUUUCUGAAGGGAUUUCGAGUAAUACUUGAAGAGUUAAAAUCAGAGGGAAGACAAUGUCAACAGUUGGUCUUAAAGGACCCAAAGCAGCUGAAUUCAAGUUAUAAAUGGACUGUAAGUAGUGUCUUUUAAGGAAAUAGUAUUUUUUUCAGAAAGUUUUGAAUAAUUCGGGUAAAAAAUCCAGAACUAUUAUUUUAUGAGAAGCCUAUUUGAAGUUAGUGGAGCUUCUUGGUACACGUGACUUUGAUUAUUAGAACACAUUUUCCCUGUUUUUACCAGAGCACAGCAUACUACUUCUCUUUGAAAUAUUCCCCUGCUUACCUCUUUGAACAAGGAAAUAGUUCUAUGAAGUGCCAGAAGGAAAGUGUAUGACUACUUUGCGGGGGGGGGGUGCUUCUGAUCAGAAUAUUAUGGGACAAGCCAAGAGACUUCGAGCUUGUGUUUAUACCAAGAACCAGCACUUUAUGAGAGAGAGGCUUUUACAAACUCCUGACUCCCACCAGCCCUAGUUUCUGCAAAAUCAUGAACCCGCCUGUGCCCUCCUUAAGAGAGUAGUUAAUUAAGUCAUUCGAAAAAGUAAGGGGUCUAGUCCCCUUUUGGUUCCCAUGUGCUUCAAGCACUUGCAAAGAAGAAAGAUGGCAAAUAAACAUACUUGCACUCAAGUGACCAUGCAGCAAGCUUUAAAAUAUGUUACUGGCUGGCUUUAAUUUCUUUCUUCUCUUUCUCCCCCCCCCCCAACCAUUUGCAGGGAGUGGAGUCUCAGUCUUUUCUCAAUCUGAAAUUUGAAACUGACUACUUUGUGAAGGUUGUCCCUUUCCCAUCCAUUAAGAACGAAAGCAACUACCACCCAUUUUUCUUCAGAACUCGGCGUAAGUACAUUGGCAAUUGCGGCUUUCGGCUUUUAAUGGUACCUGUGUCUUGCGUCUUAAGGAAAGCAGGUAGCAACUUGAAACGCCAAAGUUUCCACUUCCAGCUAAAAUCUACUUCAAAUAAAUUUGGAGGCCUUGGAGAGAAAGAUGGGAAUGGGAAUCAGAGUCAACAAUACAGGAAGUGUUAAGAAAUGUUUUGAUACAUUAAUAAUAAGUUCAUUUAAUGGCAUUCAGAUUGCUCUGGCCCUCCCCCCCCCAUCUCCCAAUGAUUGCUUUUAGGAAGGUAAAAUAGCAUUAUAAGGUUGUGCCUCUGCUUGUCACCUAUCAGGAUAAGAUUCAAAUGACAAUUUCAGCCAUCCUAUGAGUAACCUGAUUGUCUGAAUCUAUUUUUUCAAAGCUUGAUGCUAUAAUUGCUUGAUGCUACAAUUAAGCAAUUGGUUAGAGACCCUGGGGUUCUGUUUUUCUUCUUCUUCACUUAGUGAGGGUCACAUGACUUGCUGGUGUAAAGGAGGUCCUGCUUUUUAUAUGAUGCCCAGCAAAUUUAUGGGAAACUGCUAUAUUUGUGUAAGCUAUUUGUUGGAAUCCUUGACCUGCCUUAUUCCAAGGACUCUAGGCAGGUAACAGAUAAAUAAUUUUUUGACAUUCUGAAGCCUGUGAUAUAAUAUAUGAUAUAACCCAACCUGGACUCAUCAAGGAUGAAAGGAAGGAUGUAUACUUAUUUGUAAAACCUGAGUUUUAAAGAAUCCAUUGUUUUUUUUCCUUGCUAGCCUGUGAAUUGCUACUGCAGCCAGAAAACUUAGCCUGCAAACCUUGUAAGUAUUUGCUCAGCAUUCCUUGAAUGAGGAUUGUAUAAUUAAUAAUUUUCCUAAAAUAGUAAAUAAUGUUUAAAUAUCUCUUCCUUGAUAGUCUGGAAGCCAAGGAAUCUGAACGUUACCCAGCAAGGCUUUAAUAUGCAUGUGUCUUUUGACCAUGCACCGCAUAAUUUUGGAUUCAGAUAUUAUUAUCUGCACUACAAACUUAAAAACGAAGGACACUUCAAACAGAAGACUUGCAAACAGGUUGGCUCAGCAUGAUUUAUAGCAUGGUUCACAAUGCUCUGUACAUGAAACUGUUAAGCAUAAAAUUCCUGUAGGGACAAGUUUUUGAAAGAGAAUCUUUGGACAGUUUCCUUUUUGAGCAGAACAAAUAAAAAUCUUCCGUACUGGUUGAUAGGCAUAAAUAUGUCACAUGGUUUCUAUAUUUGUUCUAGCAUUCUAACAGACCAGACAAAAUUUUGCUGCAUGAAACAGGUUCCAAUGUGCUGGGGCUCAUCUAUGUUAAAAUGUAUCACACAAGAAUAUUGAUUGUAGUUUAGUGGUGCCCAAUGCUUUUUAGCAAAUAAAUUUGACUAACUGAUAGCUAAGUGUUAACAGCUCUGUGCUGGCAGACCUAAUUUCCAGCAGAUUUAGGGCACAGUUCCUAAAUACAGUCGUACCUUGGAAGUCGAACGGAAUCCGUUCCGGAAGUCCAUUCGACUUCCAAAACGUUCGGAAACCAAAGUGAAUGGCUACAGGAAGCUCCUGCAGCCAAUCGGAGGCCGUGGAAGCCUUGUCGGAUGUUCGGCUUCCAAAAAUAGUUCACAAACUGGAACAGUCACUUCCGGGUUUGCAGCAUUUGGGAGCCAAAACGUUUGAGAACUAAGCUGUUCGAAAACCAAGGUAUGGCUGUAUAUGAGUUAACAAUGGCUGAAGAGCAGUAGGAUUCAGCAGAAACUCCACUAUGCUGAUGAAAUGAAAAACAUGCUGCAUCUCAACAGGCACACAGAAUCUAUGCACCCAACACACUGGAGUGGAUGAACGAGGGCAGAGUUAUGGGCACCCAUUUCAAUGGCAAAACAGCUUGCCAGUCCUAGAUCUGGUGCCAUACUUCUCUCUAAAUAGACUGGCCUGUGUGGAUUGGCUCCCUCUGUUUGUGGACAUCAUUUGGCAUCAGCAGCAGCAUGGCCUCUGAUUAGGGAAGAGUGGUAGAAUUUCCAGGAACUGUGUUCAUGCAUCUGUCAUUUCGCCCCUCUGUUUUCCAAAUUGCAUGUUCCCUCCCAGAUUGUGUUCUGGAUAUAGCAGACCUGCUGCCAGUGUAUCUCUUGAGUGUGAUGUAAUAUGAGUGUGGGGUUGCUGUCCUCAUCAGUGUGCUUAAAGUGAACUUUCUGAGAUGAGGUUCAUUGAUUAUUACAGCUGAGUGGAGAAUAUGCUACGUUGCUCCCAGGAAUUUCUAACUAGGAAAACCCAUUGGGAACACUCCCACCAAAGUUGAAACAUUUUGGAAUGCAGUGGUUUUUUCAAUAGGAUAGAUUUCACUGGGUGCCUGACUUCUCCAUUGAAAUCAAUGGGAUUUGAAAGUGCUCAAUAUUGCCUGGAUCAUGCCCACUGUGCAAAACUUGGAUCUCUUUCAAUCAUUCUGUGCCACAACAAUGGGAUCUUAGCAGUUAUUUCUAUUCACAUUGGAUUGAUCCACAUAGAAUAGGAUAAUACAGUAUUUAGACUUUAGUACUGCAGCAUGUAAAGUACUUGAUAGCACAGACAUACACCACAGUGUUUUCAUCAUAUAUCAGUAUGCAUGCAUGCUAUUUUUUUGAGAGUGAAAGUUGGGUUUAAAUUUUACAAGUGCUCCUGCAUUUUGGGGGUGGGGGUUGGGAUUUUUGUUCUGGGUUUUUUUGCAACCUGAGAACAGUAAGCAAUGUAUCUGGGCUAAGGGUCGUUUAAAGUUGUACAUCCUUCUAUUGAAUGCUAAUGUAAGGUUUUCACCCAAAGGCCACAAGAACUGCAAUUCUAAUUUCCUUGGGUUAAAUACUGAUUGCUUUCUUCUUCUUCUUUUUUUAAUGAUAUUUAUUAAAAUUUCAAAAAAAAUUACAAGAAUUACACAAAAACAGAAAAUAAAAAAUACAAGAAAAUACAAGAUACAGAAAAAGAAUAACAAAACCCUUAUUAAGAUAUAACAAAGGAAUGAAAAAUAAAAAGAAACAUACAAAAUAAAAACAGUUAAAAACAUAUUAAUUUUCCAUAGCAUAUCUUCCAUACACUUAUUUCCCCGGACCUCCUCGUACCUCCCUUUUUUGUAUUCCAGUUCAGUUUGUUAGUUCAGCAAAUCUUUACCAUUAAGCUUUUACCCAUUUGUGUACCUUUUUUCGUAUCUCUUAAAGCAUUACAGCUGGAAACCACUUAGUUUCUAUCCAACACCCUUCUAAGAUUCAUUAAUUUUACAAUAUUUCUGUAAAUAGUCUUUAAAUUUCUUCCAGUCUUCUUUCACCGACUCUUCUCCCUGGUCUCGGAUUCUGCCAAUACUGAUUGCUUUCAAUCAUAUGUAUUUGUCUUUGGAAUCUGCUCCCUUGGGCAGUCUGAUACGCUUGGCUCUGAACCAGCUGAGCCAGUCUGAGAGUGCGGCAGAGUUCUCAUUUGACUCUGGGAAGGAACACAGCUCUGUGUUCACUAUUGGAUUUUAGGUCAUGGGCUCUGAUUUCUUAAUGUAAGACAUUAAGUGGUUGGGAAAACCCAGCCAGAUGGAUGGGGUGAAAAUAAUAAAUAUUAAUUCAUUCAUUCAUUCAUUCAUUCAUUUGAUCAAUGACUCCAAAGUCUUUGGGCUUAAUAACAUUGUUCUGUGUUUGCUUUUAUUUGUACUGGGUGAAUUUCAGAUGCAGUAUGAAUUUCCAAACUGACUACUUUUUAAUGGGAGUGCACCUUCUGCUUAGCAUUCAAAUACAUACAGAUGACUUAUAAGAAAACAAUUUAUUUCAUAUCUCCGUAGGAAAAAAAUACAGAUGUCACAAGCUGUAUUCUUCAGAAUGUCUCACCAGGAGAUUAUAUAAUAGAGGUAAUGCAAUUAUUUGUAGUCUGAGAAGUUGGGGCUCACAGAAAUUGUUCUCCUUCAAAAUAAAAGGUGUCAGCAUUCUGCAUCUCCUUUGAAGCUGGGAAUGUAGUUAGACAAUGCUAUAUCAUUACAUUACUGCCAUGGUGAAAAGGUUGCUUAUUUGCAAAUAAAAAAUAGGGGUGGUAGCUUGAAAUCAAGCUAUCUUUGUAACUCUUAAUCCAAAGAAGAGUUUUAAACCUUGAUUCUUAUCUUAUUAACACUAACAUUAUUUGUGGGUUGGAGAGACUCUUCAACAUGUUUGAACUUUCCCCCCCCCCAAACAUGUCUAAUUAAUUUCAUAGCUCUAAUUUGUGUUGUUGUUGUUUUUUAAAAAAGCCAGAUUGGUUCAUUCAUGUUUUCAGUGUGUGGUUGCUCUUUGUUUACUGGAUUCUUCACAGUUGAUUCUGUGAAAUCAGUUCUAUUAAAAAGCAUUGUGUUUGAGGCAAUACUAAGCUUCUGUAUUUGAUGCUAAAGGACUCAUUCACAUAGGCAAGUCAUCACUUUUAUUCAUCAAAUGAAUAAAAAGUGUACACAAUUCUUAUUUUACCAGUAACAUCACUUUUUUCUUGACUCAUGGGUACUUAGUAGUGAUUUGUCAUAUCUCUAAAAAUAGAUAUUGUUAUAAAGCAUUUAAAAUUUCUUUCUCCUCUCUCCCUUUUUUUACAAGCUGGUUGACGAUACAAAUACAACAAGGAAAACAAUGCAUUAUGCAUUAAAACCAGGUAUGAUAUAUUUCUACUUGAAAGAGAUGUUAAUUUGCCAUUUCCAUCCGAAGAAUAAUUCUUAAUCUCCAGUUAACUCCCAGUUAAAGUUAAAAGUUAUGGGCCAGCUCUACACUGACCCUUUGCUCUGAAAGUUCUUACAGCUGUGGUCUUUCUCCAUAGAUCACUUGAAAAUUGCUGAGGUGGACCACUUAAUGAUUAUUCCGCCUGUUGCAGCAGUUGUAAUGUGCUGUGCUUAAAUGCUAUAUGAUGUUUCAUUUUAUUGUAAUUGCUUCUUUUUAUUUCUUAUAUUGUAUUUUGCUGCUUCCUUUAUUUCUUAUAUUGUAUUUACAGUUUGAAUUCCAUAGAAUUCAGAUUGUGUUUUUCACAGACAUGCUGCAGACCACCUGAAUGAAGCUUGUAGUGGUCUGCAGAUCACAGUUUGGGAACCCCUGCAUUACAUCACAAGAAGAGGGCAGAGGCCCGCCCUCUCUCGUCAGUGCUGUACCCUGUGUAAUGGGUUAUCCACACAAUGUUAAAUAGUGCGAAGCAUGUUUGAGGUUGGGUUGUUCUACAAGGUGGAGUUUGUACAGCAAGGACAGCCAUUAUGAUGCCCUCCAGAAGUUGCUGAACUCCAGUUCCCAUCAGCCAUAUGCAAGUAAUUGGGAUGAUGGGAGUUGUAGUGCAGUCUAAUCUUAACAGCAUCCAGAGGGCACCCUGUUGGCUGCCACUGGUGUAUCACCCUCUACUGUGUGCUAGUUUCCUUGGAUUGAUGGUGAAUUCUAUAAUUGUGAUAAUUGAUGGAAAGAUAUAUAGGGUGGAGGAAUUUUUGCAAUAGUGCCCCCCCAUACCAAUUACAUGGAGAUGAGAGAGUGGCCCUCUAUUUCUGAUGCAUGCACUACAGUGAACUUAAUAGAAACAAACAACAUACUGCAAAUAUAUGAUUUAAUAUAGCAGUAUUGCAAAAAAAGAAGCUAUUUAGUUAAUGUAGGCUUGCCAGCAAUGGCAGUAGGAAGAUGAGAUCAUUAGGAAUAUCACAAUUUGAGAAGAGCUAAUUUAGUGGUUUUCCUCUACUUUUCAAAGUGCACUCCCCAUGGGCUGGGCCGAUAAGAGCAAUAGCCAUUACAGUUCCAUUGGUUGUCGUCUCUGCAUUUGCAACACUUUUCACAGUGAUGUGCCGCAAAAAGCAGCAAGGUAUGUAUUUUUCCACAGGAUAAAUUAUAAGAGGGAAAUGUCUAUAGCAGUGCUAACAUUGGAAGGAAACAUAUUUGCUUCUAAAGCUGGAUUCUGCUGUUAGAAGUGCUCUGGAUAGCUCUGUAGAUGGAGCAUGUGACUCUUAAUUUCGAGGUUUGAGCCCCAAAGUGGGUAAAAGAUUCUUGCAUUGUGGGAGGUUGAACUGCCCUGACACUUACAGAUAUAGGGCAGUAUACAAAUUUCAUAAAUAAAAUAGAUGACCCUUCCAACUCUGCAAGUCUGUGAUUCUCCUUCAACCCUGUUUUGCUGCUGGAAUCUCCAGCCUAACUGUAACCCUACAAUGAGAUUAACUUGCUCUUGCUCAGCAAACUCUAGCCUUAUCUUUGGGUGGUGAGAUUUCCAUUCAGCAAGGGGUGACACAGCUGUGACCUUUACCCAGAGAUGCAGUUUAUCUACUGCAACUCCUCCAGUCAAUCUUAGCAGUACUUGUAGUUUGGUAUGCAUCUCCUGGGUCAUGUGGUCCCUUUGGGGUUGCCAUAUCUUGAAGAGUAAAAGGGGAUAGCCUGAGCCACUGCCAGCCCGAGCCAGAGAAAGGGGCUGCCGCCAUGCCCAUGUGCCCCUUUCCCCGGCUUGGGCUAGCAGCAGCAGCAGCAUGCAGAGCAGCCUGUGCCCAAGCCAAAUAAAUAAGCAAAUAAAUAAAUCCCCCCAAACCCAAACAGUUCCUUUAAAAUGUAAAAAUGUCCCCUAGAUGGGCAUGUUGGCCCCCCAAAAGAGGAUAUGUCCGGGAUUUCCCAGACAUCUGCCUAGGUCCCUUGGCCUCAGCAAUGGCUGAAGUUUGUCCAGGGGUCAGCAAGGUUUACCUUGCCUGGGCUGGUUCACUCCAGCAGAGAUCCCUUCGUGAGCGUGCACGCCCAUGAUUUCGUGCAUCUGCGCAGACACGAUUUCCAGCGCCGCAAAAGCAAGUCCCCGUGCUGCGCUGUGCUGGUUUAGCACAGUUCGCGGGGACUCGCUGAGCGGGUGGCUCAGGUCAGGUACGGCUUGUGGGCUGGUUAAAUGACCCCCAUGGGCCACUUGUAGCCCAUGGGCCUUAGUUUGCCGACCCCUGGCUUAAUCCUUGGGGUGGAGGCUGGGAAAAGCUAGGGUUGCACCAUCACCAGAGCCCUUCUACAGGUUGUGCCCAGAGUUAAAUUGCUUGCAUUGCUAGAGUUAAUUUUUUUGGACUUUGCAGCUUGACACACUGGUGGUACUUUUCUAAUGUUUAGGAUGAGACUCUGGAUUUGCGCUAUAUGAGCUACAGGGCUAGCCCAUGGCAUCUUGCUACCUGAGGUGGAACAGCAAAUGCCUUUUCAAAACACCCUGAAAGCUGCCUCACGGUGUCUAAUGACAGGGCCAACCCUGAUCAGCUGUAGCGUGUAGAGGAUGACAGUAAUCUCCACCUGCAGAGAGUUGUUUGUGCAUGUCUGUUAGACCCAAAUGUUUCCAUUAGCAGCUCUCCAGUGGCACAGUCAGUGAGCAUUCAUUUAACAGGCAAGCAGUAAGAACUUCCAACUAUGUCGAAUGGCUGAAGAGGAUUUGGUUUUAAGGUGUCUGUAGUUGGAAGGGAAAAUUUUGGGAAAUUAUUUUGGGGAAAUAAGACAAAUGUAUCAGCUGCUAAAGUUUGAAGCUGAAGCAGGAAAAAAAUGGCAGCACCUGUAUGUAUGUAGCUAGUAAAAUCCUUUACUUUUUUUUCAAUUUAGAAAAUAUCUAUUCCCAUUUAGAUGAGGAGAGUUCAGAAUCUUCAACCUAUUCUGCUGCCCUCCAUGUGGAAAGGCAACGACCUCGGCCCAAAGUGUUCAUCUGCUAUUCCAAUAAAGAUUGUCAGAAGCACAUUAAUGUCAUCCAGUGCUUUGCCUAUUUCCUCCAGGACUUCUGUGGUUGUGAGGUAAACUCUUUGUAGCUGCUGCCAGUGCUUUGCAUUUACUUGUGUGGGCCUGUACAAGUUAUGCAAAUAGCAUGAGCCUCAUAAUGGCUGAUUCUAGAAGUUGCCUAGCCAUGAAACGAUUAUUGGUGGACCAUGCAAAUUUAAAAAAAAAAAAAAUACUGAUGAAAUGUUGGUUCCAUAAAGCCCUGGAAUCCUAAUCCUAUCUCUUAAUACACUCUUGGUUCAGGCAGUCUUCAUUGUAAGGGUUGGACUAGAUCAGGGGUCGGCAAACUAAGGCACGCUGGCCGGAUGCGGCCUUCCGGGCUUGUUAAAUCUGGCCCACAAACCUUGCGGACCCUGCCACCCGCUUGGUCAGUCAGUCCCCAUGCUAAACCGGCGCAGCGCGGAGACCUCGCUGUGCGGGGAAUGAUUUCUGUGACAUGACGCGACUUCUGAUUGGCUGCAGGCAGCUCCUGCAGCCAAUCAGGAGCCGCUGAUGCCUCUGGGUGGGUGGCGACGCUGGCGUGGCCUCCACACUGACGCCGCUUCCUCCCGCUCGGCUCUUCCCACUUGGCCACUUCCUUCUGCUCAGCUGCCUCAGCAGGAAGGAAGGGGUGGCGCCCAAAAGUGGAGGAAGCAGCCGAGAGGGAGGAAGGGGCGGCAGCGCAGAGGCUGUCUCCACCGCCCAGGCCAGCAACAUGGGUUCUGUUCCGCUGGCGCUUCCUCCCACCGCUCAGCUGCCUCAGCGGGAAGGAAGAGGCGGCGCCCAGAGGUGGCUGAGCAGGAAGAGCUGGGUGUGAGAAAGUGGCAGUGGGGUGGAGGGUGUCUCCGCCGCCCAGGCCAACGGCUUGGGCUCUGCACCCCGCCAGGACAAGGGCCGCUGCCAACGCUGCUGAAGACGAGGCGGUGGUGGCAUGAGUGGCGGCGGCAGAGGGUCCUUUCGCGAGGGGGGUGCUUUCGGGAGAGGGUGGGUCUGGCCCCCCACCAGGUCUGAGGGACAGUGGACUGGCCCCUUCCUGAAAAAGUCUGCUGACCCCUGGACUAGAUGACCCUUAGGAUCUCUUCCAACCCCAUAAUUCUGUUUUUCUCUCUCACUCUUUUAAUAUUCAAAAAAUUGUACUUUAAAUAGCUAGAUUUGGCAAAAAGUGAGGGGGUGGAAUUAGCCUGCAGGAGUCAUUUAGAGUUGUCUUUGUUCAGUGUUAAUCCUGUCUCUGUGAGGUUUAAAUUAAUUGGUGUUUGUAUGAAUUUAAAUGCUGAUUUAUUUUUUGCAUAGAGAUUUAUACAGCAUGUCUGACCUCUAGUGGUCAAAUCUUUGUAAAAGUCAUUGCCUGUAUUCUGCUUUAGUUUAUUUUCAGGAGGGCUAAAUCAUACCCAGAGUAGACCCACUGAAUUCAAUAUCCAUUUAUUUAACUAGUCUGCUCUGGGUAUGACUUGGUUGGAUACAAACCAUAUUUAUUUAGAAAGGGUACCAAUUUUUUUUAAAGGUACAAAUUAAUCCUCAAGUGCCUUAGCCCCAUCCAUCUGAUCUUGUGUGCAUGAAAAUUUCACGUCAGUAUUGGGGACGUUCAACACAAAUACCUUUGACAUAUGCACUUACUGUCAUGGAGCUCCAAGUGUGUAUUACAGUGGCUUCUGUAAUUAAGCUGCUGCUUUUUGUGCAACUAAAUAUCUAUAUUCUUGGGUGGGGGUUAUAAUGUAGGAUUGAGGCAAGUAAACCAAUCUUGCAGUUUACAGUUCAUGCAUCAUAAACUGCAUUGUGUGUGCACUGUACGUACACACACAAAAAAAACCCACACACCCCUAUUAUCUUGAAAUUAUUAAGUAAAGGUAAAGGGACCCCUGACCAUUAGGUCUAGUCGUGGCCGACUCUGGGGUUGCGGCGCUCAUCUCGCUUUAUUGGCCGAGGGAGCCGGCGUACAGCUUCCAGGUCAUAUGGCCAGCAUGACUAAGCCGCUUCUGGUGAACCAGAGCAGCACACGGAAACGCCGUUUACCUUUCCACCGGAGCGGUACCUAUUUAUCUACUUGCACUUGGACGUGCUUUCGAAUUGCUAAGUUGGCAGGAGCAGGGACCGCACAAUGGGAGCUCACCCCGUCGUGGGGAUUCGAAGCGCCGACCUUCGGAUCGGCAAGUCCUAGGCUCUGUGGUUUAACCCACAGCGCCACCCGCGUCCCUUCUUGAAAUUAUUACCUUUCAAAAUAAUAAUAAUCUCAAAGUGUGAACUUCUUAGACAAACCUAUAAUGCAGUGAUGGAGAACCUGUAGCCCUCCAUAUGCCGUUGAACUACAACUCCCAUCAGCCCUACCCAGCAUGUCCAACAGUCAGGGAUGAUGGAAGUUGUAGUCCAGCAGCAUCUUGAGAGCCACAAAUUCUCCAUCCCUACUUAUGAAGGUCUGUGCAUAAAGUCACAUACAAGUUACUGAGCAUAACUAAUACAUAUUUAGUAGAUGUCAGUCCAUUAGAUGAUGGUUUUAAUAAUAUUUUUUCUAGGUUUCUUUAGACUUAUGGGAAGAUCUGAGGAUUUGUAAAGAAGGGCAAAAAGAGUGGCUUCAUCGAAAAAUCAACGAGUCCCAGUAUAUUAUCAUUGUGUGUUCCAAAGGAAUGAAAUACUUUGUGGAGAAAAAGAACUGGAAGCAUAAGGGACCCAAGGAGAAGGAUGCUGCAAAGGGAGAACUGUUUCUGGUCGCUGUAGCUAUAAUAGCAGAGAAGCUGCGCCAUGCAAAACAGAACUCACAUGACCUCUGCAAGUUCAUUGCUGUCUAUUUCGAUUACUCCUGUGAGGGUGACGUUCCUGGUAUUCUGGAUUUAACUACAAAGUACAAACUCAUGGAUAACCUGCCUCAGCUUUACUCCCAUUUACAGUCCAGAGAUCUUAGCCUUCAUGAUUCAGAAUUGUAUCCUGUACACAUCAGCAAAAGGAAUUAUUUUAGGAGCAAAUCUGGGCGGUCUCUUUAUGUCGCCAUUUGCAACAUGCACCAGUAUAUUGACCAGGAGCCAGACUGGUUUGAAAAGCAGUUUGUUCCCUUCCGCCCACCUCCUUUACAUUACCAAGAGCCAGUGAUGGAAAAAUUCGACUCUGGAUUGGUACUAAAUGACUUAGUUGGUAAACAAGUGACUGAUGGGGAUUUCUUCCUGAAAGCAGAUGCAAAUAUUGUUCUACCUUUGAAUUCAGACUCUCAUUGUGUGAUGCAACAUUUUAAUCUUGGCGAGGACAGAGACUCUCAGGACAUUCAGAAUAGUAGCUGCAUUCUUCAGCCAUUGCUACAUGUCGUAAAGGCUGCCAAUCUCCCAGAUAUGCCCAGGGACUCUGGGAUUUAUGAUUCUUCUGUUCCUUCAUCUGAAUUAUCACUCCCUUUAAUGGAAGGACUCAUAGCAGACCAAAUUGAAACCUGUUCCAUUGCAGAGAGCGUUUCCUCAUCAUCAGGACUGGGUAAGAUGGAACAGAGAGUGAACUACACUCAAGUUCCAGUCUAAACAUUUAUAUAACUGGACAUUUGAGUAGAAUAACGCUCCUUCUUCAUCUGCUGUUCAACAAUAUAGCACCAAAUUUUAGUUGUGAGCAAUGAAGAAUUAGCAGGAUAGUUCAGUUGGUUAGGGCAUGGUGCUUGACAACACCAUGUAUUGGGACAACACCUGUAAGGGACAGCUGUAUAUUCCUGCAUUGCAGGGGGUUGGACUAGAUGAUUAUCAGGGUCCCUUCCAACUUGUAUGAGUCUAUGCAGUAAUUAGAAAAACAUAUCAACAAGUAGCAGGAGAUUUUGGGAUGCUAGGGACCAAAAAUAAACUUUAAAUUCUCCACUGAAUUCCAUAUUUACUUCAACUCCGCCCCCAGCCACCCAUAUAAGUUGGGUGUGGCUGUUUCUUUCUUUUAGACUUCAUUCUUGCUUAAAAUUUACACCGGGUUAGGCUUUUCUGUGCUGAGCUUUUCACAGACUUUUGUGCAGCUCUGAUUAAUCUUGUUAUUGGUUUUUUCACCUAUCAGAACUGCUCCCUGUGAUUUUUUUACACAGAACUAGCCUUUUCACAGCUUUGGUCUACAGACAGCUUUGAAUAAGUUUAGGUUUUGUAUGCUACUUCUCCUUUUGUCUUACUUUAUGUAUCCCUCCAAAGCUCAGACCCCACCACUCCAUUUUUACAUAUUAUCCUGAACUUCCUCCUUUCCUCUCCUCUGCAACCCCUUCUGCAGAGAGUCAGAAGGACCUUCCAGAACAGAUUCUGAGGGUGUGUGGGGAGAAAAAGGGGAAGUCUUGUUUCGCGAAUGGAAAUCCACAUGUACAGAGCUGGAUACAGCAUUCAAAAUAGAAAAAGCCAUUAGGAUCCUUCCCACGGGGCAGUUGGUGGUAGAUCACAGGGCAGGGGAAAGAAGGAUCAGGGAAAGUCUGGUCUUUUCCUGCCUUCCUUUCUUUUCCUGGAAUUGUUUUGGGACUCAGAGCUUGUUUGCAUGUUGUAUUUUACUGUAUUUUGAAUUGAAGUUGAAACUAAUUGGAUAACUGGACAUUUCCUACAUUUUUCCUUGUAGGAGAAGAAGAACCUCCUUUGCUUGCUGCCACCAAAUCCUUAGUGCCUGGAAUAUGUAAAGCAGAACUUCACUGCCAUAUCCGCACUGAAGAACUGCAGGCAAUCGCACCUUUAUAACACACUGCAAGAUUGUUACGCAUUGCCACUUUAUCAUUGACAGCCUCUGUGUAUGCAUUAAUCUCUGCGUUAUCACAGCCACUUGACUUACUUGAAGGAAAAUACACUUUCCUAGCAGAUUAUCUGUUGCUCCCCAGGAGAGUUUAUGGCCAGUAUAUUUUUAUACAUAGUUCUUUUUUAAAAAAUUAAAGUAUUUUCUGCUUUGAUACUGUAACAGCUAAGAUUUUUUUUAUUAAAAAAUGUUCUUGCUAGAACCAGACUCAUGAUCAAGUUAGAUAUACAGAAACUGAACAUGUCUACUUUCUGAAAUAUGUAUUUUGAAGUACAAAAAUGAGUUGCCAGUAAUGUCUGGCACUCUGAUAAUUCAGUGCAUUAUGUUAUAUAUGCUUCUGGCUCUUAAAUACUAAAGUACUUUCCACAAAAAUAAGUCUGCAGCAGGAAUUGGGGGAUGGAAGGGCAGAAUUCAGUGUUAAAAUGCCAAAGACUACUUCUAUAAAGGAUAGACUUUAUUAAAAAAAAAAAGAAAUCUCUCAUUUUUUUCGUUCAUGUUUAUCUGCCCCAUUGUGUUUUGGUAGAAAAUUAAAACAUGUCACAUUUUUUGCGUCUUAUGUUAACCUGUGGACAUAUUUAUGUUAAUCUUUAUUUUGCCAUUUCAGUUUGAGAAUAGUUUACAUUUAAACUCAAUUAUGUUUACUAGUUCUCUUCAGACUUUCAUUUUAGGAUUAUUUGUUGAUUAGGGAAAAUUGAAUCUCUGCAAAUGUUCUUAGUUGAACCUGUAAACACUAAAAUGCUAUGUAUAGUCCAGUAAAACCAUUAGGUUUUGAAGAAGGGGGGAACUAUAAGCAAUUGUUAUAAAGCUGAACCUUUGCUUUAUACAACUGACAAAGUGUCCUUAACAUCAUACUAAAAAUCCCAGAAAAUAUUAAUGAAGUUAUGACCUCCAUUUUACACUGGUGCCAUGGAUUUGUUACAUAUACUGUAUAAUUGUUCAUGCAUAUAUACAUUAUUUCCCCCAUUUGUUUGGUAUUUUUAAAAGACGCAAAUGUAUUAAGCAUAUACAUUUUUUUAAACAAGUUGUAUGUGCAGCAGCAGCACAACAACAAAAAAUACAAGUGCAUAAAAGUCAAAUGUAUGGAAAAAAUCUGGAUGUACAUGUGAAUUUAAUAUUCAGAGUCUUUGGAAUCAUUAAGCAAAGUCCAUUGAGAGACAGCUUUUGCAAAUUGUAUUAAAUGUAUUGAUCACAAUUGCCCUAAAACUGUUUUAGUCUAAGGUAGGUUAGUGUUUAAUUGCAAUAACUACACCAAAUUUAGUAAGCAACUCUGUUGAUGUUAUUCUGAAAUGAAAACUUUAUUGAAUGGUUUAAACAUGAGAGGAUAUUUUGCUGAAGAAUCACUGCCGUAAAUAAUGGUAUUUCUGCCCAAGGUAACUAUGCUAUUUUUUUAAAAAAAACUUUGCACUGCCUGCCAUGGUUCAUAUUCUGUUGCCUGCUCCUUUCUAUUUGUGUGUUAACCAGCUGGAAAGCUAGCCUGUGUAUCCUGAUUACUUGAAAGUUCAUAAAGCAGUUGCCCCAUAAUACUUUUCGUUCCACAGCAAUCAAGGCACUUCUGUCUGGCAGCUUUCCCUUAAUUUCAAAGUAAAAUGUGUUCAGUGAUUUUUUUUAAAAUUUAAAGACAAGUGGCAAACUUGGCAAACUAGGAUAGCAAAACACAUAAUAAAAUUUUUGAAUGGAAGGUCCAGCUAGAUGAUGCAGCAGCUAGAACAUUGGGUGCUUGCGAACAGAUACAAAGAGGGUGCUUUAUUCUCAACAAUUAGUGUUGCCUCUGCACAUGCUGUUCCUCUCAAAACACUCCCCCACCAGUUUCCCCCCCAGUUGGCUCCAAGAUCAGAAGCAAACUCCACUUGGAGAGAGGGGAGUGUGAAUUGGGGAAAGGGUUCAGAAAAUGCCAUAUCUAGUUAAGUAGAGAACUCCCCCCCCCCAUGUUGUUAGACUACAACAGCCCCAGCUAGGAUGGCCAAUUGUCAGGGAUGAAUGGAAUUGUAGUUCAGCAACAAGUUCUUACACUUGCCCUAAAUUAAUUAUUUGAAUUCUUCAGAUUUUCAAUUCAGUCACAGAUUUGGCAGUUUUUCCUUACAGAUGUCAAGUUUUCAGACACUUGAAGGAUAAAUAUUUUCAAUUUGAUGUGGUUGGCUUGUGUAUUUUCAGGUGGUAAAAUUUUUUUAUGUGCUUGUAAGCCUGAAAGAGCAAGAAGUAAAUGCCUAAGCAUUGCCUAUAACUGCUUUGAUCUUUCUCCAGACUUCAUAGUUCUCUUCUGCUGUUUCGUUUGUUCUAAAUCAUUUUUUCCAGAACCAGCGGUGUGAAAAAGGUGAUAUCGCAGCCAGCUUGCCAUUCCUCUUUUGUACAGUUCUUUUAUUCUGACACAGGUGAUUGAUAACAACCACCAAUUAUUUCCCCAUAACCCAAAGUAGAUAACUUCUUACUUAGGGACAAAGAACAGCCAUAAAAAUAGAGAGCAUCUAUAUGGUGGGAAAGAAAUUGCAACAGUGGUACUAUAGAUAACCAGCGAACUCUUCCUACAAGUUCUUAUGUCAAGGCAUGAUAGUAUACUUUAUUUUUUUAUAGUACUUUUAGGGGGUGGGUGCUUAACUCUCUUGCAGCCAACUACUUUUCCAUUGUAACCCCCACCCAGCGUUUUUCUCUCUCCCAUGGAGCCUUGAGAUCAGUGUUUGUGGAGAGAAGCAUGCAGGGAUUUAAUGACUCUCUUCUCCAAGCCUCUCUUUUCCAAAAUAAAAUCUCUCCCAACAACUGCUCUUGUGCAUUUGCAUCUAGCAUCAGUGGCCAGAAAAGAAGCCCUUUUGUUAGACAGUUGUUCUGAAUAGAAAUGGGUCUCAUCAGUAGGUAAACCAUCCCACUCCCUCAUGCUGUAUAAUAGGAAGUUGCCUGCCUUUUGCCAUGGGAAGUAAACAAAAACUAAUUAGCAACUUAUUUUAGGUUUGCCAUAUUUCAAACAGUGAAAGAAAAUGGAGUUUUUGGACUAUUUUUAAGGGAAAUAGCCAAAAACGACAAUGCAGACAUGGCUUGCCAUACGUCUGGAUUUUCCCAGACAGUUUUGAGAUUUCUGCCUGGACACUGCUUCCGGCUCCAGUAUUCCGGAUAUGUCUGGGAAAUUCCGGACGUAUGACAACCCUAACUUAUUUUCUCUGCUGAUUGAAAACAGCAGUAGGACUGAAAAAAGAAAAGCUUUGCAAGACUGUGGAGCAAACACAUUUGAGACGAAGGCUAAUUGCCUUUAAUGUAAUGUAUGUGCAUACUAGACAUAACUUCAGUGCAAAAUGGUGCAUUCUCUAUUCUGUUUUGGAUGGUGGCUGUCAGGGCAGUUACCCACAGGUAGCAAAGAGCAAACUCAGGGGCAAAGCAAAUCAGUUCAAGGAUUUAUUUUCUUCCCAUCCUCUUUCUCCAUAUGCUUUGGCUUUCCCAUGGGAAGAAGCUUCUCUGACUUCAGUGGGAUGUACUUUUGCUUGUUGAUUCUUCUAAGCAAGUCGUUCCACUCUGGCUAACUUCUCACUUACUAAAUUGGUUGUUUGUUUAAAAACAAUCCCAGCAAGCAAAAGACAGUCCAUGAAAAGCCCAAGAUUAUUUCCCCACGAGAUAAGUUCUCCUACAAAAUAUUUAUCCAUGCCUUUAGUUGAGUUUUGCCCUUUUACUCGUAAUUAUUCAUCUCAGAAUUGAAAUUGUACCCAAGGAAAUUUGACUGGUGAACUUUUGACAAAGAACAAAUUGACUUGGAAUUAAUCUUGUGCAAGGUUCAUUAAAACUUGUGGCCCUUUGUAAAUUCUGCUAAUUCCAAUGAGACUUGCACUAGAGGAACUCGUGGUGGAUUAUGCCAAAAGUUGACUACUCAGCACAGAAAACAAAAGAGCUGGUCCACCCCACACACUAAACCAUGACUUAUCACAGUGUGUGUGAACCAUAAUGAACCCAUGUGCGCUUCAGGCUUGCACAUACACACCCUUUUGCAUUGUUGGAAGGAGGAGUUUUGAAGCUUUGACUCCUGCUUUUAGUUUGUCAUGUUCUCAGGAUCAACAGACUACGGUUAACAUUGUUGUUGUUUAGUCGUUUAGUCGUGUCCGACUCUUCGUGACCCCAUGGACCAGAGCACGCCAGGCACUCCUAUCUUCCACUGCCUCCCGCAGUUUGGUCAGACUCAUGUUUGUAGCUUCGAGAACGCUGUCUAGCGUUAACAUUAAUCUAUGGUUAUUUUUAAAAAGGCCUUCAGAAGCAGCAGUUUGGAGUUGGCUUUUAAAUACAGUUGUACCUCGGCUCCCAAAUGCCUUGGGAGUUGAAUGUUUUGGCUCCUGAAUGAUUGAAACCCGGAAGUGAGUGUUCCGGUUUUCAAACAUUCUUUUGGAAGCCGAACGUUCUUUUGGGAGCUUCCUGCAGCCAAUCAGAAGCCACGCUUUGGUUUCUGAACGUUUUGGUAGUCAAACAGACUUCCAAAACGGAUUCUGUUCGACUUCCGAGAUACGACUGUAUAGCAGAGUUAAUGUUAACUACAGUUUGUUGGUCCAGACAAUAUAACAAACUAUAGCUAACUAAAAGCAGAAAGAGCACUUCCAAACUUCUCAUGGCUCUCUGAGACAAGAAUAUAGGAGUUAGAAGUGCACAAGAGCCAGUGUGGUGUAGUGGUUAAGAGUGGUAGUCUCGUAAUCUGAGGAACCGGGUUCGUGUCUCCGCUCCUCCACAUGCAGCUGCUGGGUGACCUUGGACUAGUCACACUUCUUUGAAGUCUCUCAGCCCCACUCACCUCACAGAGUGUUUGUUGUGGGGGAGGAAGGGAAAGGAGAAUGUUAGCCGCUUUGAGACUCCUUUGGGUUGUGAUAAAGCGGGAUAUCAAAUCCAAACUUUUCUUCUUCUACAAGUCCAAGGCUAGCUCAUGCAUAUUCCAGGUUGUGCAGAUGUGACCAUUGGGUAUGAGUCAGGCACUUUUAAGUUCAAGAGGAGCAUGUUAAACAUGUGCUUUAAUGUUUACACUGAAAUCAGUGGGAACUUAAAUGUGUUUAACUUUUGUUUGGAUUGUGCUACUUGUGUAUUCAGGACUCAAAUAUAUAAUAGAGAAUCUUACAUAAUUCUGUUAUCCCACUGCAACCCAGUAAGGUUUGCGACAAAAACUCUUGUAUGCCAAAAAUGUUAAUGUACAUUUUAGGGGAUAGGUUACUAUUUUUUGUUGUGUUGUUGCUACAGACUGAAGUUUGUCAAAUGGUAACAUAAUCCCUUAUGUGUUCUGGGUUUUGUUUUUAGAUUACACAAAUGCAGAGUUACAAUAAUUGUUAAUGUUUAUAAUUCUUCUUUUGUGUGUAAAUUGAAAACUGCAAGAUGUAUCUACAUGUGUCAACACUUCAGUAAAUGUAGCAGUUUUCAUGUUUAUGUACAUGAAUAUAAGCUCUUGACGGUAGCUGAUAUUUGGAUAAAUUUAGUUUUUAUGUUGCCAUAUUUUAGACAUUAACACCAGAAUAAAAUGUCAUAAAGUUC